UCUGAGACAAGUCAAAUCUUUAUUUAGACUCCAGGAGAUUUCUAAAAUGUUUAAAAAAUUCAGAUUUCCUGCUUCAAAUAAAACUAAACAAACAGAAAGACAUUAUUAGGAAUGUAUAAAACAUUGAGAGUAGAGGUUGUUAUGUGUUUUUCCACCAGCAGGGGGCAGACUGAUGUCAGAUAAGACCUGAGCAAUCACAUGAUAUCAGAUCUUAGAGACAAAUACAGAUAAAAAACAAACAUUCAUCCAUUUAAUCAGUGUUCAUAGAUGACUGUAGAGUUAAAUUUAGACUUCAGAUUAUUCACUGACUUAUUUAAUUUUCUAUCAUCAGGUUUUUAUUCCUCAUAACAGGAUUUCACUGCUUUCUCAACUGUAUCUAAUAACUGCUUACUGUCAUCCCAGAUCAAUGUGAGGAGGGUUUCCAUCAAAAACAGUGAUUAAUAGCUUUAAUAAUGAAAAAAAGACAAUCAAAACAAACAAACAACUAAACAUUUUUCUGUCAGUCUGAGUGAUUACUCCACAGUUUGUUUCAGCUGUCCUGGAUUAAACUGGUUUGUACUGGAAUUAUUCAGAUACAGUUCAACAUAAUACUGAAAUACUCAACACAGAAUUAUAUUAUAUGAUUCAAUAUGAUAAGAUGAAAUAUAAUACACUAUGAUAUGAUUUGAUAUAACAUGAUAUGAGACAAUUUAGUAUGAUUUUCUAAGGACACUAGAGUUAGACACAAUAUUGGAUGAUACAGUGCAAUGAAAUGUGAUACACAAAGACACAAAACAAUAGGAUUGAAUCUGGUUAUGAUGCAAUAAAACUUUAUUGAUCCCCAGAAGGAAAUUCAGUUGUUGCAGCAACACAAGACAAGACAAUGUGAGCAGGGAAAUGACAAACUUUUAAGACCAUGCCGCAAUGUAUUAUAUGAAUAAACACACUUUGCCUUGUCUUUAGUUGAUAAUAUCAAAACAAUGUAGUAUAUCAGUGCAGUAGAGGCAGUUUAUGAGAUACAGUGUUAUUGUAAAUCACAGUUUAUGAGGUAUAAUAUGAAUAUCUUUGUUCAUAUGCAGAGGGAGGAUAGUUGGUAGCAGUUAAAUAAUAAUAAUAUACAAGCUAAUAUGAUUUAAUAUGAUAGUAUAAUACUGUGUAGGACAGUAAAGAGUGGUUUAAGAGAUCCAGAGGUUUAGUAGAGUGUAUAAGGAUAUAAAAAGUCUGAGUUUCUGCAGUUGCUGACAGCUGAUGGUUAAAAAAUGAGACAAAACUGCGUUAUAAUGAGGUUUAAUGACAUGCUGCUUUCCAUCAGAGCGUGUUGUCAUUUCAAGACGAGAAGGGGGCGAUGUGGGUGAAGAAGAGGGGGAGGGUAAGAGGAGGAGGAGGAGGAGGAGGGGGAGGACCUGUGUGUCUCCAUGCAGCCUCCGGAGCGCAGGGCGGGGCGACGCCGCGCAGCAGCAGCUUCAUCCCGCUGACCGACACCGACCUCCUGCUCGUCUCCAGGCCGCGGCAUGGACGCCGGAGCCCGGCCUGAUACUCCUCAAACACCGCGGGUCCGGUUCGAGCGGCGCACCGUACUGAACAGCAUGAUAAAACCGACAUUGCUGAUGAAGAUGAUGAUGAUGAUGGUGGCGAGCAGUUAGAGCUGCGGAGCGGAAACGAACCGCAGAUUGAAUCCCUGCGCGGAGCGGAGCAUCGCGCUCCGAUGCAGCAGAAAAAUCGCCAUUGUUUGGAUGCUGAGCAGACUGAGAGGAGGAACCCGGACUGUACCAAGACUGUUUGACAGACACGCACCAUGCUUUCCCCGCUGAUCCCCACCGUGUGUCUGCUCUGCUUCACCCAGGUAAGGAAGCCUUUAUUCGGCUAAAUGCUGAGCGUUUGAGCCGCUGCUGCUGCUGCUGCUGCUGCUGCCUGUCUGGAUGCGGUGAAGCAGCACGGAGGCUUUGUUCAGAGAAACAGCAGAAAACACGGAUAAAGCUUCAUGUUGGAGUAGUUUAUGUGCUGAUUUAUGGAUGUGAGAGUGUGCGCCGGGGGCAGAGAGGUUGUUGGACCUGGAGAUGGACGCGUUGUGGCACCGCAGGUCGGUUUGUGCGGCAGCCAGCAGCUCGUGCGGCCCCGUGGAAAGUGGGUCAGUCGGCUGCAGCCUGAGAGAGUCCCUGCAUGUCUGUCAGCAUCACUGAGGAUCACACACACUCCAACACACACUGAUACACACACUGAGCAGAAGCCUCCUCUGUCUGUCUGGAGAACAACUGGGUUCUUCUUCAUCCUCAGCUGCUGCUCAGGAUUCAGUUUACCUGCACAGGUGUGAAGGAACCACAUGAACCCUGCUUGUGAGCCCUGCUGCACCACACUGUUUCUAUUUCUGUUAGACAUUUUCUGAAAGACAGAAAGCUAUUCUUUCAACAGUUCUGCUUUAAUAAGAUCGUAUGACUGUGGAAAAUUCUUUAAUUUAAUGGUAUUUGUGGCCAAAAUGUGACAGUAAACUCAGCUAUUUCCCUCCAAUCUGAUAAGUGUCUAUAAAAUAUGAGGAAGAAAAAAGCUCUGUACUUCCAAUGUGGGGGUUUAGACGCUGCACUGGAUUACUAUAUGUAGAAACAAUAAGAAGAAGAAAUAACAGAAUCACAAAUGAGUUUCUUAGCCUGACCAAUGAGUGGAGUUGGUGCAGAAAGAGGCGAAUUCGCCAAAAGUUGAUCCCACAUAAAGCCUUUCCAACACUGGAAUCAUUGAGCUCUGAACAAAUCUGCGGAUUGAAUUCAGUGUUUAUUGUAUUAGCUAUUACAACAAGUUCCUAUAAAGUCAGGUAACUAGGGAUGGGAAUCGAGAACCGGUUCCAAAUGGUUCAAUCCAUCGACAUCGUUUAUGUUUUAUCUUAACGAUUCCCUUGACGAUUCCUCUCUUUCCGGGUGCCUUUUAAAACGGUCUCCUGGGAAUCAGAGACUUUGAGGAACUCAAUGCAUGGACCAACUGAGUUGGAAGCACGUAAAAAACACUCGGCCCGACCCAAAAAACCCUUAAAAUAGUAGUAGUGUCCUCUUUUUGGGGAUCCAGAAUAUGGUCACUUUAAUUUGGCUUGAUACAGACCGAAGUAAAUGCUGUUAAAGUAGCAUUUCUGUUUGAUUAUUUUUAGACUCUCUCUGAUAAGGGAAUCGUUAAAGAAUUGAAUCGAUAAGCAGAAUCAAUGAUGCCAUUGUUAUCGAUAAAAACUUAUCAAUUCCAAUCCCUACAGGUAACAGUGAGAAAAGGGUUAAAAUCAACCCAAAACAGCGUUAUUAUCAUUUCACCAUCAAACAUUACACCCCGAGAAAUCAGACACAGAGACAGCUGGAUGGCGUUUUCAGAUUCUCUUUUAAUGUUUGACAGUCACUGAGCAAACAUUUACAAUAAGCAGUGUCAUUUUUCUCUUUCUAUCUGCGAGCGUCCGUCAUUCACUGCACACUCACAGACUGUGACACCGUACUGUGUUCAGUUUAUCUGAUGCUUUCAGCUUCCAAUUUCCUCCUUUUUUUAUAUCAACACACUGAUGAUUCAUAUCAGACUAUUAUUCCGCCGCCUUCGCCUCCGUCGUUGAACACAAACCCUGGAAGAAAAUUGCCUCCCGGUCUGAAGGUUUAGGCUUCUGGUUCACUGUGUCGUAACAAUGUUUUCAUAUUCUAAUGAACGCAAAGCCUGUUUAUGUUGAGGUCUAGUCUUUAUGUUAAAAACAGGCUUUGUUAUAAUAUGAUGCAUAUAUUUAGCAAAAAGAAAGGUGCUCGAAACAAUCAGUAUUGUAGUCAUUUAACAAAUCGUAUCCUAUUAUAUGGUAUUGUACCGCAAUGCAUCGUAUUGUACCAUAUCGUAUUGUAUCAUAUCGUAUCGUAUCAUAUUGUAUCAUAUGGUAUCGUGUCGUAUCAUAUUGCAUCGUGUUGUGUUGUGUCGUGUCAUAUUGUAUCGUAUCUUAUCGUAUCAAAUCAUAUCGUAUUGUACCAUAUGGUAUCGUAUCAUAUAUCGUAUCGUAUCGUAUUGUAUCGCAUUGCAUCGUAUCGUGUUUUGUCAUGUCAUAUCGUAUCGUAUCAUAUUGUAUUGUAUCAUAUCGUAUCAUCAUAUCGUAUCGUAUCAUAUCAUAUCGUAUCAUAUCGUUUCGUAUCGCAUUGCAUCUAUCAUCUUCUGUCAUAUCGUAUCGUAUGGUUUUGUAUCAUAUUAUAUCAUGUCAUGUCAUGUCGUAUGGUAUCGUUUUGUAACACCUGUUUACCACUACAUAGCUCUGAUGCUUUCUUUUGUCAUUUAAUAGUGGUCAGUAAAGUAGUUUUCAACAUAACAGCAACACAAACUAUGUUGUUUUAGUGAAGCAAAGGGGGUUAGUAGGUUCUUUCCAAACUUUUCCAAGAGGAGACAUUUUUUUUAGUCAAACAAUCACACGAAAGAUUUAUUAAUCCUCUCCUAAAAUAUAUAUUUUCCCAACUCAGGCAUAAAAUCUCUACAAUUAGAUUAAAUAAAUGUAAUUUAUGUAAUGUUUUCCUUCAAGUACAGUGUCUAUUUUUAGGAAGGAACAAAAAAGAGUCAAAUUUAAUCAUUUUUCUUCCUUUUUAGAUUUUUUGAAACUUGAAAUAUAAAUGUGAUUUAUCAGCAGACUCAUGUAGUGGACAUGAGAUGACCCAGCUUUUUAACUGGAAUAAAAAAAAAUCACAAAAAUGAUCUCAAACAGCAAUAAUAAUAAUAAAAAACCCUUAAAUGUUCUGAAUAACCGAGCGUUUGUGAAUCCUCCAGGUCACAUUAACAGUGUUUGGAUAUUUAACAGUAAUGAUCUCAUUAUCAGACACUACCUGGUGUUUGAUCCCCGGGGCGUUAGACAAUGUUUAAUGAGAUAUUUUAGUUUUCCAUGCGGAGGCGAGUUUAACCCUCGAGCAGCAUGAUGAACGCUUAAAUGAGCUCACAUGUGGCUUUAAGAUCAUUAUCAGGCUAAUCACCAUGACAACCAGCAGCAUCCGGGAUCACAAUCUGUUUAUUGUUGUUCUGCAGCCACUUCAGAGCAUCACGACCGCAGCGCGUCACAUGUCAACGUCAGUCUUUAGCCGGGUCAGACUGAAAAGAGUUUUUAGUUUUCAAGUUUAAACUUUAAAAAUGAUGCUGCAUAAAACUAAAAAGGACUCUCAGUACUCAUGACCUCAAUAUUUUAGUCGGUUUUGCUCCCACUUUGUACAAAUUUGAAUGUGAAAGUUUUCAAAAGUUGAAUUUCAUGUUAAAUUAAUCAUUUUUAUUAUUAAAGAUAGCUGCCAGUGAAAGAAGAUCUAGCUUGUGUUUAAAAAACAAAACAAAAAUAAAUGAUAAUGUUUUGAUAGAGAUUAAAAUUUUCAUAAACCUUAGAAAUAGGAUUUCAGCCUGUACCGAGUCCCUCGUUUUAUCCGCAGCCAGAGAGCCUCCCGGCUAACGAUGCUAACGGAGGACAAGCAGCUGCCAGCUCUGGUGUUCUGCCAUGUUGGAGACCUUCAGUCCUUUCUAUGUUUGCCAGGCGGGAUAAUGAGCCCAAGCAGGUCAUUAAGCACAAAUGCAUCAGUGACCAAACACUUUAUGUACCGCUGGACAAGAGAGGGGAGGACAAAAAGGAGCAAAUCCGUGUGUGAAAGCAGAUCAGGAUCCUCAGCUCAGAGCUGCUUCCUGUUUCUGAACCCAGAGCUCAGGAAAAAAAAACAGUUUACACCAAAAAGCUGCCAGAACCUGAAGCUGUGAGAUAACAGGCUUUACACCCGAGCUGUCAUAACACAUUUAGAGCAGAACUUCAUACCCACAUGAUGCUAAAACAAGCCGACUGAUGAGCUGAAGAGGAUUUAUCCAAACCUUCAAAUAUUCAGUAACUGACCCAGAAACUGUUUUUAAGUGUUUUCACUGCGUCUAAAAUCCACACGGGGAGGAUUCUUAUGAAAACUGGGUUUUUAAAGUCAGGUUCGUCUGUUUUCCUCUGCAACCCAAAGACCAGAUGUUGGUGUUGUUUAAAGAUAUCAAGGACCAGAUAUCAGAAUAUCAAUAUCAUUAGGAGCGGCAGUAGCUCAGGAGGUAGAGCGGUCGUCCAAUAACCGAAAGGUUGGCGGUUCAGUUCCCCCCUUUCCCUAGCCUGUCCGUUGUGUCCUUGGGCAAGACACUUAACCCACCUUGCUCCCAGUGUGUGUCCUUCACUGGUGUAUGAAUGUGAGUGUUGUGUGGUGGUGGUUGGAGAGGCCGUAGGUGAAAACUGGCAAUCACAUUUCCGUCAGUCUGCCCCAGGGCAGCUGUGACUACUAAGGUAGUUUACCACCACCAGGGUGUGACUGUAAAGCACUCUGAGGGUCUCUGAUAAAACGCAAUAUGAAAUAUUAUCAUUUAUCUUGACUUGUGUGGCAGUAUUAUCAUAUUUCUGGUGCCAAAUAUUGGUAUUUUGGUUCAAAUAUAUUGCUAUGAAAUUAAUCAGUAGUCAGAGAAUCACUGUAACAUUAUCUUGUUGCAUUGUGGGCCGAGCAUUGGGUGUCCCACUAUCAAUUACUCACGGUUCCCGUCCUUACAGUGUUCAUAUAAAGUUUCUUUUUCUGCAUUGUACAGUUUUUACCUGCAAUUGUAGAUCCAGUGACAAACUGGCAAUGGUUUUUGGAAGUGAUUAUCACCUCAUGUGGUGACAUCCACUUAAGAGCAAUGUCCAUUUUAUUGCUAAAAACUAGAUUUGAUAGCUUACAAAUCAUUCCCAAGUGGUUUUGAGUCCAUGCAGUGAUUUCCACUAUAGAGCCAUGUCUGUUUUGUGAAUAUAACAAGAUGUAAUUGUUUAGAAAUCACUAAAGUGUGAUACUGCAUCCAUGGGGUGACAACCACUUCAGAGCCAUGUUUGUUUGUGUAACUAAAGGACUUGAUAGUUUGCGCAUCAUUUAAAAGGGAUUUUGAGUCCAUGCAGUGAUUUCCACUUUUGCUCCUUUUAAGCAUUACGCAAAUUUUUAUGAACUCUCAUUUUAAACUGAAUAUAAGUUUUAGACGAUUUCCAUUAAAUUCUGCUCUUAUCAGCACUUGACACUGGGUCCUGGCUCUUAUCAUAGCAUCUAUAAAACUGUCUGGACGUGGAUCAGGCUGCUUUAGAAGUUAUUGAUUAUCUUGUGGUUUCCUGUGGAAGACGUUUUAACAGCAUUUAAAGGCCUGUCUCCUCUCUCCUCUCUGCUGGUCCUCAGGUUCUGGUUAAAGGGGGUUGGAGAGGCAGCUUUUGUUGUUGGUCUCAUUGAGUCUGUGCAGGCGGGUGGGCUCCUCAGUGGGGACUUUUGUUUAGUGUUUGAAAGGAGGGAGCUGCUGUCAACACUGAGUGCCGAGCUACUCACUCCUCCACGUUUUCUCUGAUUAAAGGACGGAGGAGGGACGAUGGAGGCUCAUCGCAGCCUCUUUUCCGAAAUCAUCCUCCUGUUUUCAUUAAUUAGAUCUGUGUGUGUCCUGAGGAGGAGUGUUUGUCUGGAGAGAUUAUGAAGUACAACAUCAGCAUUUUUGUUUUCUGUUUUUGGAGAUACAGUGAAGCUCAGGGAUGGGAAUCAAGAACCACAUCCAACUGGUUUGAGUCAUCAGCAUCAUUUGUCCUAAUGCUUAAUAAUUCCCUUAUCGAUGAAUUGCACUGAGCUCUGUGCCAUGCAAAACAAUGAUUGCAAAAGCAGUCAGCAUGAACAACAACCAAGGCUGUAAUCAUGGUGGGCAGAUGACAGAAGCGGUACAAAAUGUUGUAAAAAACACCUAAAUAUUGUCGUCUUUAAAAUAUCUGGUCUAAAAACAGAACACUACAACAUACGGACUUACAGUAAAAUCCACUCACUCUGUGAGACCGUCAGAUUUACGUCAGUGUUUUUCUGCAUCAUCCACAUGAAGAUCUGAGUGUUUUAAGAGACUGUCCAGAUUAGGGCCCAACCGAUAUGGAUUUUUUGGGGCAGAUGCCGAUACCGAUUAUAAGGGGGGAAAACAAUUAGAUUAACAAUUAAUCGGACGAUUUUUAAAUUUCUUUUAUGAAGUUUUAAAAUUUUGUUAGUUUAAGUAAUAUAUCUACAUAUUUACUUUUUAAACAAAUGGCUGCUUUUAAGCCUUUCAAACACUUCUCAGUAAUAUUCCAGAUAUUCAUCAUGAAUCAAACUCACACCAGAAAAGUGCGCCAAUUGGUGCCUCCGCGUCUUAACUCAUGUUACUUGUUUCCGAUCCGGUCUCAUCUGGAGACAUGCAGCUGCCUCAGUAAGAGAAGUAGCUCGAUCACGUAAUGUGUACUGUUGUUUAGUCUACCGUGACUGGCACGGCUAACAGUUUAGCAAGGCUAAUAGCAGGUGGCUAACUUUAUCUUUAGCUUGCAAGUGGGUUGAACUUAAACUUGUUGACUUAUUGUGUAUUUCACAAACUGGUUUAUUUACCGUUGAGGCAGACCACUCUCCUCUGUGCGUCCCUGCUGCUGCCUGUUUCAGAUCCGUCACUCUGCUGUGCUGUGAGGUAGUUAGUGGAUGAAGAUUGUCAUGAGGUCGCUGCGCCAUCUACAGGAUAAGUCUGGGAACUUUACAAAUGGUGGAACAUUUUCGAAGUGAAACCGAAUCUUAUUCUCUGCAUUUUAUUUCUGAAAAUAUCUGCGACAAUCAGCGAGUUUUGGCUGAUUACCAAUUAGUCUCAAACGGGCUAAAAUUGGCAGAUUUACUCGGCUCGCCGAUACAUCGGUCGGGCCCUAGUCCAGAUACAGUUAAGAGACAGAGGCUGCCAUCUUUCUCAUGGGCUGUCAACCAAUCAGAGGCUGUAUCUGCAAUCAGCUGACAUGUUCAAUGAAACGCCAGGCUUCCCUGUGUUGGCAGAGCAGUGAAGUUGAUAAAACCUUCAACCUUCAAACAGCUUAAGCUCAGUUGAAAAGUAAAUCAAUAAAUAAUUUGAUCAGGUUUGGUGCAGAGCUUAUUGGCUGACUAAAAUAUCCAACUUGCAGCCUUUUUGUAGCAGGCUGUCAACAUGUUUGGACAUUUUAACAUGGGGCUCUAUGGGGAUUGAGUAGCUGCAGGACACAGCCUCUGGAGGACACAAAGGGAACUGCAGUUUCAUUUUUCAACACCAGAAGCAAAUGAUUGGUAACACCUCCAUAUUAUCAAACCAGCGGAGACUGGCAGUGUAAUUCAAAAGUUGUGUGGUCUUUCUCCUGUCGUGUUAACGCUAAGCUAGGCUAAACACGUACUCCGCUGAUUUCUUUUGUUAAGACAGUUUAGGUUGUGUAACUCUUCUUUGUUAUUCAGCUCAUCUCUGAAUGAAUCAGUGAGUUUGGCUGUCAUCGUCUCCGUGUGUGUUUCUGUUUGUUUUCAGUGUGUGUUGCAGUGUGUGUUUUUGUGAGUGUGUGUGAGUCUCCAGGCAGCAGUUUGAAUCAGGAAGAAUAACCUCAGUGUUUUCCUCUGCGUGUCUAAUUCACUCUGAUUAAACUCUGGCUCUCAUGCGAGCGUUGGAUCUAAUCGGAGGCUCUCUGGGACCGUCUCCUCCGCCUGUUAACUCAGCAGACCUCAUUGAUUAUCUCCUCAGAUUAUUAGAGCACUUUCACAUGUGGGAUUAACCCUGACAGUCAUGAUCCAAACAGCAUCUAAACUGUUGUUUACCUCUCGGAGGUAUCAGAUAGGUUACACUACAGUGUGCUGUUUAAUCAGCUCGUCCGGACGUUUUCAACUCUCCACAGAAAGAGAAAAGCUUUUAGUCAGACAGAUUUUGUACUUUUGUACCAUAAAGCUGCAGAAUUACAGAGAACAGUGGUGUUAAGAGGCUUAGUGAGGGAUUAAGGAGGAUAUUAGUGCCUUUACAUUACAGAUUUUUAUUGUUUGGGUUCACUCAGUGGAACAAAAGACAAAAAACACAGUUUUUAAAGUGAUGUUAUUUGUUUAUUCUUUUCUCCAAGAACAAAGAAAGGAAGUCUACAGGUAAUUCUGGUCCAUUUUCAACUGGAAACUCCUAAAAAUCUCACAAAAAGAAGGAGAGAUUGAUAUGUUUCUCGGUCCUGGUGGCAACUGUGUGCUGACAUUUUUAAUGAUGUGCCAUUUUUGUCAAGUACUCUCAGUUUUUUUCAGUUUUAUUUGCACACAUGAAAAGCCAAGGCAGGGAGAGCAGCAGCAAAGACAUUAGGGUACAGAGCAGAGCAGCAGUGCUAUCAAUCACAUGACCCUGGUGAAAUCAGGCGCAGUAUUGAAAGAAGGAGCUGCGAUGGAGGCAGGCUGCAAAGCAGUUUUCUGUCACCUAAAGGCUAAUGUGAGGAUCAGCUGAUGUGCUUUGACUUUGUGGCCUGCCUGAACUAACACUUUGCUCAAUUUUCAUACAAAAUCAUCAACAAUAUGUUGUGUUUUUUUAAUUGUCAAGAAAAAACAGAUAUAGAUAUUCCAUAGUUAGUGAAUUAAUCUAUUUCCUUAGUUUUGAGGGUUACAUUUUUCAGUAUUAUGAAAAUAAUAGUUUACGAUUCUUUCCUAAAUUCUUUCUCGAGUUUUUAAUCCUUCAGUUCAACCAAAAAGCAUUAUUUUAAUGAAUUUUGUUUAACAUGACAUUGAUAGAGGUUUAAGCUAAAACUAAUAGCAUCAGAUUAGUGUUUUUAUAGUUGCAUGUGCAUUCAUUCUGUCAGCUGUCAGUCAUGUUGUAAAGUCUAAUGAACUCAGACCAAACCUCAUUGAGAAAACGUGCUAUUUUAGGUGCAGCCCUGUGUGUCUUUAAAACCCCGUCAGUGUGGACCUUGUCGCUCUCAUUCAUAGUCUAAUGGACUCCAGGCGUCCCCGUCCUCUCCAUGUUGGAGCUGUCAAAGGUUCGUCCUUCUCCCCCGGCCCCCCUGGACCCCCCGGCCCCCUCCUCAGGGGGGAAACAAAACCCUGCAGGUUUGCAUGAUAAUGUUGGCAGCUGCCUGGGGGUGACGCCUCCUGACCCCCCCGAUCGGCUCUCAUUCACAGGGUCAGAUCCUCCAUUCAUUCAUUCACAGCUCUGCGGCUUCACUGUGUGAGUGUGUGUGUGUGGGUGUGUGUGUCUAUAAGGAGUGUGUUCUCAGGAGGAUGAUGUUGGUUUUUGUACUUUUGGUCGAUCAGGGGACAAAGUUGGUGAAGCAGAAACUUUCCUGAAGUUUAUCCAGUUUGUUCUGCUUAUCUCAGCAUUAUUUAUGAAUCAGCUGUGAUUUCUUUUUUGUUUUCGCUUAGAAACACACACACACAUGCACACACACACACGCACACACACACACACGAUUAACUCAUGGAGAACUUUUGCAGACAAGACUCCCAAAAGCUCUGCAGGGAUUUUCCUCGGGUCAUUGUUCAAUAUGAGGACCAAUAAACUUAAAACCAGAUCUAAGUUUUUAUCCAUUAUGCACAAGUUUAAAAUCCUCAUUUACUUUUUAGAACCAUGACUAUCAUUGCUGGCAUUUCACGUUUUUUAAAUGCUAAUAUUGUCUACCCUUUACUCAGUAAACCUCUGUUAUUGUCACAGAGCACUGAAGGUUUCUCUCACAGACUGAUAAAACUUAUAAAUGUUUGCAGGAUUUAUAGUUUGACAUUCUCCAGUGGUCACCACAGUUUUACAGCCCGUCUCCUGGCAGCGUUGGCCCUUGCUGUCAAUCAUCUGUUGCUAUGGGAGAUGGCAAUAAUGGAGCAAAUACUCAGUUCACUAACUCCAGUAUAAAUAGCAAAAAUACUCAUUUAAAAACAACAUGUAACUUGAUUCAAAGUGGAAAAAAAAAUCAGGAAAUGGCAUUUGUUGCACUGUCGUUAAAACCCCACUUCAAUUAAAGUUAAGACACUGUAGUUUAGUGAUUUGUUUAUUGUUUACAACCUAAUCUGAACUGAAGAUGGAGCAAACAGAAUGCAUCAAAUGUUGAAAUGAGAAGUGUUAUUGUUAAAUAAAUAUAUAUUUUAAUAUAAACCAAUACUUGAUGGUCAUCAGGCUGCACUGCACUAAAACUCUGCAGUGAAAAUCAAUUAAUGGAUUCAAAAUCACUUGUAAAUGAUUUGUUGACUAUCAAAUCUUGUGUCAAUCAACAAAACAGACACGACUCUGUAGUGGAGGUUGCCACAUAAUCUCUUUUAAGUGAAUACAAACAAUCAAAUCCUAUAUUUGUACAAUGUUCAAGCUUUUUAGAGUUGUAAAACUAUUGUAUAUUCCCUAUUAUUUAUAGUUCGUUACCAUUAAACAGCACAAAUAAAUUGAGUAACCCUCUUUAAAUAAUGACAAUGAUAGAAAUAACACUCAUCCUAAAAUCAACAGUGUAGACUAAAACAGAUCCAAGAUGGUAAAACAUGUAUGAAAACAAAACCGAGUUAUAAAUAAGAGAUGUAUUUUCAGAUAAAAACAGUAGUAGAAGAAUAAAAAGUCAAUCAGAAACUUUUAAUUGUGGAUCUUUCAGGAGAAAGAACGAUAAGAUGUUGGUAGAAUUGCACUAACAUGAGUCUGUGUAUCUUCACCUGGUAAUGAUGCCUCACCUGAGAACAAACAGGCCACAACCGGCUGAGAGGAGGAGGAGAGCAUUAGCAUUAGCAUUAGCAUACAGGCCCUGCAGCAGUGGCCAUGGUAAUCCCAGAGUCAGACAGACAUAAUGAGCAUCCUCUCCUUUCAUCUCUGUUGCCAUGGUGACGACCGAGCUGCAGUGAAUUGAAUGAAUUGGUAUGGUUUUUUUUUUCUUCUUCCUCUCCUCUCCCUAAGCCGACCCCCUCAGGACGGAGGGAUGUCUGAGAGUUCCUAUUGAAAAGAUGACGAACGGCGUGAUGCAGCUUCACUGAGAGCCUUUAAAUUUUAUAUGAUGUCUGUCCUUCACCUCCGACCCUCUCUGACUCAGGAACACUUAUUUUAUUGUCGUCUUUAUGGUGAUGGAGCUGCCUUACAUCAUCGUGUUGCCAUAAAUACACAGUAUGAAUUAGUAAACUGCUAAAAAUAGACCAGUACAUUUAAUUAUGUUCAGUUAUCUCCCAUCAGCCUCAGUUGUACUUUGCAUUCAAUGCAUACCACGCAACAUCUGGAUGCUAAAAUGCUCAACCGAUGUAGUGAUUAUAAAUAUUUAAGAUAUCCAUGCAGUGGCAGUGACAUCCAAAUGAGGUCUGAAAGCUUGUCUUAAAACUCUCUCUCAUUGUUUACCUGCUUCUGUUACAUCUUCUUUGCCUCUACUCUACAUCUACUGCAUACUGCACUUUGGGGGACAUUUCCGAGGAUGUGCACGGCCAAUGCAAGCCUUUAAAGAAGUUUUUCUGUCUCUUGGUGCACUAAUGUUGACUUUCUGCACAGAUACAUUUUCUUUGUGGUUUAGGGCCUUAUAAACUAAAUUUAACUGAUUGAAUUGAACAAAAUGAUAGGACCCAGAAUCGAGCCCUGAGGUACACCAAAUCAGAAACUCUUAAUUACUUUAUCUCACUUUUUGACUUCGGUAUUCUUGGUACAUGGUGCAUACAAUUGAACUGCUAAGAGGCACCCUCCUACUUAUGACAUUGUUGCUGUUAUCACUAUCGCUAUCGCACAGUAAUGGUUACUUUGUAGUAGGGUUGCAAAGGGGUGGAAAUUUUCCAGUAAAUUUCCGAUAAAUUUCCAGAAACUUUCCAUGGGAAGUUCAGCUUGGGAAUUUUGGAAAUAUUCCAAAUUGGAUACUUUUCAUGGGAAUUUAUGGGAAUUAACCGGGAGUGUCCGUAUCAUAUCUAAACAUAAAUGUAAAUAUUUUUGUUUUUUUCAGAAGCCGACAUCCAUGCAAAAUAAAACAGUUAUUGGCAAUGAAAAAUGGCAUUAACAGAAGUAUGGUUGGCUCAACAACUGAAAUGGUCUUCAAAAUAUUUGACAAUGUAUGUAUAAAUUAUUGAAUGGUUAAUUCCCAUAUAUUCCCGUUAAUUCCCAUGGAAAGUUUCCAACUUUGAAAAUUCCCAGAAUUUUGCAACCCUACUAUGUAGAGACCAGCAGCUUGUCAUCAGCUCUGCUGCAGGUGCACGGAUUGCAGGACAAGAUGAUGUUCUGCUAAUGCUUUAACUUCAGUAUAGACAGGCACAGGGAAAAUGUGUUUGACGUCAUUAUGUGACGGUUUUAUACGACGUCACUGUUGCUAUGGAGUUUUGACCAAUCAGGAUCAACUAUUUAACACAGCCAGGUUAUGAUAGGAGAAAUUUUAGAGCUGAGUUCAAUCCAGUAAUACCAGUAAUAAAGUCACCUUUACCUGUACAGUACUGUCAGAGGUAUUUUUUAUGACAGUCACCUCCUCCCCUCGUCUCACUUCACGUCUCUGGAUCUGUACCCUCUCCAAAUAUUGCUCAGUGCUCAGAUAUUAAACCAGAGAGAGGGCUCGACAUUUUUAAAGGCCAGCAGAGGAGAGCGAGAGAAAGACAGCGAGAGAGUUUUAUGAGGAUGAGUCACAUUUACAGACAGAGAGAGAGAGGGUUUUAUAGUCCAUCUCACAGGCAGAGAGGGUUUUUCCUCUGCAGACCUGGAGUGAAAACAUCAAAGAUGGAGGCGUGUGGUUAAAACAGGCAGAGCUUUGCGGUUCAGAACGAACAGAAAUCCAUAGGAGAUCAUUAGAACCAAACUCAGUCUAUCAGACCUCUUAGUUACUGUUGCUAGGUACAGUUAGCUGGACAUUGUAGAACAGAAUAUCAUGUCAGUCUUGGCCUAUCAGGAUAAACCUGUUACCGUGGUAACAACAGCAAAGUUAAAAAUCCUGUAUUUGCCACUUUGGUCUCUUUCAAAUAGACUCCCCAGGGUAAAACGUACAAAUUCAUAAAAUAUUUUCUAAAGAAAGUCAAGGUUUUUUGUUGCAAUCCUUUUAAAAGUGUUACCACGUUUAGUCAUACUUAGAGUUAAUAGAUUUUGGAAGUGGAAGUGGGCGUGGAACUUGUCAUCUGUGGUGUGAUUCAUAUUUUAAACUGCUGUUGUUUGUUUCUGCAAAAUUAAAUCAACACUUACAUCUUGAUAUCUACAAAUAUCACUACUUGAAUAAUUAUUUUAGGGAUUUUAAAUGUUUUUGAAUACAUUGAAACAAACAUAAUAACAGCCCCCAUGUUGGUGAGAGGGACCCAUGCCUCCUGAAGGUUUAUGAGAGCAGUUAAAUUUUCAUAACUUCUCAAAUUUUGAAUUUAAGGAGUUUCUUUUGUCAAAAAAAUCAGACAUAUUUCUACGUUCCGAGAUAGCAGUCUGUUUACGAUAAAACCUUCUCUCUGCUGCCGGCCAGCUUUCCUCUGACUCUGUAAACCACUCUGAGUCCUGACAGUUUUUAUCCAACAGGUUUUUACUUUAAUCUGAACAUCCUCAUGGUGACUUGGCUGUGAAAUCUCCCAGCAUGCCUCUGUACAGCUCAUGUUUGGGGACUGUGUUUCACUUUGAGGCUGUCAGAUUAGAGAAGUGGGUCAGAAUCUGCUGGAUUAUCUGCUGAGCUACAGAGAGGUUGUAUGAACUCUGUUUGUGUUAUUGAUAUCAGAAACACUUUAAUCCACUCAGAUAGAUCCUUGCUGAGUCUGCUGCUGCUCCUCUCGAGCGGAAUAAACCCCCGAUCUCUGAAAUAAUGCUCGACAGAAGCGUGUUUUAGUAUGUUUUCAUCUUCUCAUGAUUCACUUCGUGUCUUUUCGCUCAGAGACAAACACUCGUCUCUAUCUCUCCUCCAGUCAGGAUCCAGAUUUCAUGUUGUCACCUUCCGGCCUGUCAGAGCGGUGACGCUCGGCGAGGAGUCGACUCUCCCGCUGACGGGUUUAAUGAAACAACACCUGAUACCAUCUCUCACCUGAGCGACAGGAAAUCAGCUCUGACAUGCUCACAUCAGCUGAUCCCAGAGCAGCAGAGAGAAACUUUAAUAACUGGACUUUGGUUUAUUAGCAGAGACCAGCUUUAGUUCAGAAAAUAUGAAACCAGACUGUAGAGAUCAUGUUUGAUUUCAUUCAUUAGAUCAACUCUCAAGGGAAGAAAUCCAGCACUUAGACAGAGCUGAUAGAUGUUUGCUGGAGUUAUGUAACCUAACGAUUUAAUUAAAUACAUUUGGUGAAUAAAAAGCAAAGUACGUUGAGAAAAGAUUCUCUUUUCAGUGAAUAGCCAGAGCCAGAACUGUUCCUGGAAUAUAAUGUUUGUUUUCAGCAAAUACCCUGAACCCUUAAUUAGAUCAGAAUGACAGAGAACACAGAGUAUUUUUCAUGAAAUACACAGAGAUAGAGGAAAGUUAAUAAUGUGGAGUUUGAUGACUAUUUUUUUGUAAAUAUACUGAGCCGAUUGUAGAACACAGUAUAGGAAAACUAUCUUUAUAUCCCAGCAAAUACACAGAGCCGAUAGUUGGAGUAAGAGGAGGAGGAAGACAAGGAGGAGUGAGAUUUUAUAUCCGAGGAUUAAUCAGGAUUGAUGGAUGUGACCUUUGAAGCGGUGCGGUCUAUUUAAAGGAUCUGAAUGAUUCAUGAGUGAAACUGCAGGGGAAUAAAUGACAGAAAUAUUACAGCACAGUUAACAUCAUCAUCAGAGCAGCAGGAGAUUAACGGCUGGAAUACUAAUUAAUGUUUCCACACUUUUCCUUCGUCUGAGCUGCUGAAAGACUCCAGGUUAACUGUUGUAAACAGCUGAUUUAAAGAUUACGAUUAUGCUGCUCUCUGUUCCUUCACUUUACAUGUAUGCACAUCAAACUGAAGGAGGGUGUGUUGGGUGCUCUGCGGAAGGGCAGGGAGCUCUCAGAAAAGAGCCAUACCACCAAAUAUAACAUCGAAAAGAAAUAGUAAUCCUCUUUGCCUUCAGUGGUCCUGUCUGAAGUAACUUUUGUGUCUUUUAACUUUUUCGUUUUUCUGAAUUUGAAGACGCCUCACUCAUCGUCCUUCCUAAAACAUCAGAGGUCAAAAUCAUAAUGAGACAAUGAGAAAACUCUUGUCCAAUAAAUCAAUAAUUAAGAACAGUUUGGUCAAAGUUUAAAGCCCCCACAGUUGACCUCUCUCUAUCUCCUUUUUAUCUUCCUUUCAUUUCAGGGUGUUUUGGCGUUCCAGGCGUCGUUGAACGAGGAUGGUCUGAUCGUGGCGACCCUCGAGCGUUCGGACUUUCAGGAGAACGUGACGGUGUACGGAGCUCAGUUCACCGGAGAGCCUCGACCCAUUCUGAUCCAGUUUGUGAACACGAGCGAGCCGGUUCUGUUCAACGCCUCCCUUCACGGUCUUUGCUACACGGUGGGGCUGCUGGUUAGACAGGGACAGACCUGGUCAAGACCCGUGAAGACCGUACCUGUGCUCACAAGUAAGACACAUCAAUCAAAAUAAAGUUAUGAAUUUUACGAUCUGAUUCAAAUAUGAUAACUCUGACCUUGUCCAUGUUGGUUGUGUUGCUGAGAUUGGUGUCCUUGUUUUUUUUGUCCUCAGAGCCACUUCCUGUCCGCAGCGCUCACAUAGCGGACUUUAGGGAGUCUCCAGAAACCGGGGUGGUGUUUCAGAUUGAUUCGCCUCCCGGAAACGUCUUCAGCAGAGUCAACAUCAGCUUCACAGAGGGACAUGACCGACGAUAUAUGCUUUAUAAAGGUACAAAAUACUUCAGUUUUAAUGCUUAUACAGAUUUUAUUGAAUAGUUAUAGUUUUUGACUUUUGAAGGUGAUUUUAAAUGAUUAUUCACUGAUUAUUAGAGAAGUCACAGUUUGUUUUAUGAAUAUUUCUUUUUGUUUGUUUGUGUGUUUAGAUUUCUACCGGGGGAAGACGGUGUUCAAACACUGGUUACCUGGAGUUUGUUACAGAAACGUCACCUUCCAGCUGAUCUCUGAGGUCACCAUAUACCAGAGCGCCCUCAUCACCCACAGUGACAUCACACACACACCUGUGCACCACAGGACAGGUGAGACAUGUUUACUACACUGUAUAUCACACCAUUACGGCGUUAGUCUACCCCUCUGAGCCUCUUUAAUAUUGAUUAACUUUGAAGCAGCUCUAGAAUGCAGGGUGCUACAAUGCUGGGUUCUAGAAUGAUUGGUUCUAGACUGCUGGUUUUUAGAACAAUGGAUUCUAGAAUGCUGGGUUCUAAAGUGCUGGGUUCUAGUAUGCUGGGUUUUUAAGUUCUGGGUUCUGGAAUACUGGGUUAUAGAAUACUGGGUUCUAAAGUGCUUGGUUCUAGAAUGUUUGGUUCUAAAAUGCUGGGUUUUAGAGCACUGUUCUAGAAUGCUCAGUUCUAAAGUGCUUGGUUCUGGAAUAUUGGGUUCUGGAAUGCUUGAUUCCAUAGCACUGGGUUCUAGAACCCUGGGUUCUAAAGUGGGUUCCUGGAAUGCUGGGUUCUAAAAUGUGGGGUUCUUAAAUUCUGGGUUGUAGAAUGUUUGGUUCUAGAAUUCUGUGUUUUAGAACACUGGGUUCUAAAAUGUUGGGUUAUGGGAUGCUGGGUUAUGGGAUGCUGUGUUCUGGAAUUCUGGUUUCUAAAGUGCCUGGUUCUGGAAUGUUUGGUUCUAGAUUGCUGGGUUUUAGAGCACUGGGUUGUAGAAUGUUGGGUUCUAGAAUGCUGGGUUCUAGUAUGCUGGGUUCCGGAAUGUUGAGUUAUGGAGUGCUGGGUUCAAAAGUGCUGGGUUCUAGAAUGCUCAGUUCUAGAAUGAUUGGUUCUAUGUCUUAGGUCAUUUUCGGACCUCAUUUAUCUAUUAGUGAAUAAAAACUGCAGUAAUGUGAGAGCUUCAUGUUUUUUUUAACUUCCCUCUCAGUGCCCUACCCCCCCCUCAACAUCACCCGUAAGAUUGUCCACCUUAACCAGAGGGCGGGGCCAGGUGAGACGUCCAGCGUUGUCGUUCCUGAGGAGAGGGAAAGUUGGCGAGCGUCCCGCCAAGCCCGUGAGGUUCCUUUGCUGGAGGAGGAGCAGGAGGUGGAGCAAGAGGAGACCACGUCUGCGGUGGUGACAGCAGCGGUGAUGGUGACCACUCAGGUGCCCUUUGACAUCACCCAAAACCUGACAGGAAAUAACCUGACUGUGGAAACGGAAACUCAGAGCUACUGGCCCGACCCGUCCCCCUCUGACCGAGACGACGAAUUUGUGAAUGCCGUCGUGCCCGAGUAUGAGGACUCCAAUGAGCCAGGGUCCGCCAUGGGGCUCCCCGUAGAGACUGCCGUCCUGCCCACCAAACUGCCCCCUAUCCUGCUGGAGCUCCGCUGGCUGCCGCCCCGGCCGCCAACUAGCUACGACGGUUUCAACGUCUACAUCUACAGAGACGGUAACACAGGGACACAGGGGGAGGAGUUAUCUAAGAUUAAUAAUAAUACUAAAGGAGAUAAUACUAACUCCCCUGUCCUCCUGUGUUCUCCAGGCAACUCCACUGAAACUGCCACUGUGGACGAAAACACCCACGAGUUUUUUACCGAGUUAACAGAACCGGGGACGUACCGAGUCCAGGUCACCACGCUGAGCUCGUCUGGAGAGUGUGAAGCAAGAGAGAGCGCCACCGACACGGGCUUCACCUUCUACCUGAGUGCGUACACCUGAACAAAUAUAUCUACAAAAGUUGUGUUUUUGUGUUGCCAUAUCAGUUUUAUUUGAAAAUAAUGAGUUUUGAGAUAAAGAAUAAACUGUUUGUCUUUCUAAAAUUUCCUCUGUUAUUUAUCACGGCUGUCAUGUGAACCUAAAAAUGUGUAAAAAAGGAUGUCAUAACUUUGUGUUUUCUGGUCACGGCUCGUUCCGUCUCUCUCAGGUCCGAGUGGUGAGCUGCUGGAGGAGCUCUGUGAGCGUCCUCAGGCCGUCACCGUAAGACUGCUGGACUCCAGCACCGCCGCCGUCUCCUGGGCGCCGUCCUCGGAGAACCACAACGGCAGUGUGGUGUCGGUGAUCUCAACGACAUGUCUGAGGCCGAGUCUGAGCCAGAGGAUGGAGAACACCUACUGCAGUGAGGUGAAUAUCUUUAUUUCCAAACAGGGCCCAUAAAUGUAGAGUCUGUUCAUUUUUCAGCUGCUCCUCUCUGUGAUUCAGAAACCAAACAGGUCCUUCUAUGUUGUUUUUUUUUUCCUGAAUGAGUCUGAAUGAACGGAGCUGAACUCUGGAUAUUAUUGGAGCUCUGAGGUGUGAUCUGACUCAAUUUUCACUCUGAGCUGUGAAAACACAAACGUGAUAAGAAACACUCAGCCCGUGACUGUUUUCAUUCACCGAACAGAGUAAUUUAUUCAGAUCAGAUCCGCUGAUUCGCUGUAAAAAUUCACACCGUCAAACCAGAGCCAGGCAGGGUGUACAACCAAACGUGAGUCAGGAUAUGCUGUUUCAAGAGUCACAAUAACAAGAGGUAUAUUUAAAAACACAGGUGGAACAUUUACACUGAUGCACUGUGACCAACAAAUGCAAACAAACCAUCAGCUAUGACACUGACAGUUUUUAUUUUGAGACUUUUAAGGCCCAAAACUGCAGAGAGGGGUCAGUAUCAGACCAGACGAUAGACAACAUUAUAAACUAAAAUGACUUUUUGAACCAACAGCACAAAUAAAAAAAGAUAAACAUUCAGACCCUAAAAUGAAUAAGAUCUUUUUGUUUGGAAAUACUUCCUUGCCAAGUUCACCACAUGAUCAACAAAAUCAGAAGCUCAUCUUUACCAUCAGGGGGCAUUAAAAUCAACACAAAAUAUUAACAUUACAUCUACAUUUACCUCUUAAAUCUUAAAAGACUGUUAACAUACCUUCUUCAAUUUACUGUUGUAAAAGUAUUUUCUUACAAUACCACACUGUUAUUCCCAAUGUAUAAAUGCAGACAAAACUUUUACAGUUUGUUCCCUGUACAAUAUAAUUUUUUUCUGCAUAUAUUAAACUUAGAACUCUCCAUUAAAAAUGUUUUUUUCUUGAAAUAAGAUUUCUUCAAAUAUUUGAACUUGAUUUAAAAUAUUUACUGUAUCUUUUAACUAUACUUUAUAUAACUAUUUAUUCAACCUUAAUUUAAUCAGGUUAGUCCCACAUAACUAAGGAUCAGUAUCUUACAUGACUUUUUUAAAUAUUAGCUUUUAUCAUGACUUUAAAUAAGAAGAUUUAAAAAAAAACAAGGUUGGGAGUUUUUGUCAAUUAUUUUUUUCUAAUUCUGAUUGUUUUUUUUUUCAAAAUUGUGAUUUGAACAGUUAAAAACAAAACAAAAGAUCUGACCUGAUAUUGUGUAAGUGGCUCUAGUCCUCUUUUGUACUGUUUAAAGCUCAAAACUGAACAAAAUAUUGGGUUUAAAUAAGUUUCUGUAAGUGUAGCUGUACGUUAUCUUUUGUGUUUUACAAUUUAAUAGUAAAAAAUGAUUUUCUAAAUUAGAUUUACCCUGUAAAGUUUGAAUCCUAUUAAACACAAAUUAAUAUUUCCAUGAAUUUCAAGUGAUUCUCUACAAUUUUCGCUUCCUUUUUGUACUCUUAUUUUGAGUUUUCACCUUUACUCUCAUCAUCAGGACACAUCAGUAGACUGAAACUAGAUUAUUUUAAAGUUUGAGGUAAAAUGUCUAGUUGAGGAGCUCUUUGUCAGCAGUUUAAAUAUUAAUACUAAUAUAUAUUAAUAAUAAUAUAUUAAUGUUUUUGGUUUUUUUAAUUACAGGAAAACUCUACAAGUGACAUCAUCACGAACCUGACACCCGGCGCUCAGUACAGGGUGGUCGUCUAUCAUACCAACGGGCCGCUGAUCAGUCCACCGUCCGAGCCCGUCAUCAUUGAUAUCGGUAUGAGACAUGGCAACAUUCAUCCAUUGUUUGUUUGUUUGUUUGUCAGUGAUGGGCCGAUGUACAUGAAUCGACAACCAGAUAAACGGAAAGGUACCUGAGUUAGCAGAAAGGCUCAUUUUUUAAAGUUCAAGAGUGAUAAUAUGGAGGAUUGAUACAGUAAUGAUUCAUCAGUCUGAGGACAGAUAGUGUAGGAUAACGACUGAACAUGUUGAAUAUAAAUGGGCCCCGUGUGGAGCCCUGUGGGACAUCGUUUGAUUGGUGUGUUUGUGUUUACACCUGCGUCAGAGCCGACAGGUGUGCGUGAGCUGACCGUGUACCCUCUCAGCCCGACGGCGGUCAUCCUCAGUUGGCAGCGUCCCUACCAUGUCGCGUUCAGGAAGUACGUCCUCCAAACAUUCUUCUUCAACCCCGUCACCCUCGCCUCGGAGUGGACCACCUACUAUGAGAUCGCCGCCACUGCCUCCGUCAUCGCCUCUGUGGUACGAACAGACACAGAUACACUGAUCAAUAAAGACACAAUGAUCAAUGAUUGGCUGAUAGAAACACUGAGCAGACAUACUCUGAUACAGAAAAUUUCAGUUAUGAGAAAUUGAAGUUUUUUUUUUGUAGUUUCUGGACUCUUCCACGUGAUUUCAAUCCCUCUAUGUCGUAUGACUCACCUUUUUUUUCUUCUCUUUCUCUCUCCUCAGAGGGUGACCGACCUGCUGCCAGCCUGGUAUUAUAAUUUCCGUGUUUCCAUGGUGACGUGGGGCGACCCGCCGCUCAGCUGCUGUGACAGCUCCACAGUCAGCUUCGUCACCGGUAAAGACACUCCUGACUUUAAUCUGAGAGCUGUUUCUGCUCUGAUUUGAAAGGUUUAUUUUGGGUCUUUUUGCUUUUAUUGUGAAAGGACAGGACAGUGGAACAGGGAGAGCACACCUCCCCUCUGUUUUUAAAGUGCUGACAGUAAAAGCCAAGGCAGGGAGAGCAGCAGCAAAGAAGUUUUAGAUGUUACCUAAUUGUGUCCUUUCUGUCUGUCUUCACAUCUGCAGCUCCUGAGGCUCCUCACAUCUCCUCAGUGGAUUACUCUCAUGGCAUGCUCUACGUUCGUUGGACGUAUGGCGAGCUCUUCAUCGACCUCUCUCACUCCAGGAUGCUGCACUGGCAGGUCGUCGCCGUGGGGAAGAAAGGACCGGAGAGGAGCUACUCUGUCGACGUGAGUCUCAGCUCCUCCUCCAAAAUAAGACGGAUGGAGUCUUUCUAAAAAACGAAGCAAAGUGCAGAUAAAUAUCUCAGUGUAGGGUUCACUUAAACUAAGAUCAGUGUUUGGGUCAGAGUCUCUAAAUUAGCUAAAUUACGCAGCGCACUCGCCUCACUUUAAAAUACUAAAAUAUCCCUUUAAGUGUUAUUAGUAUCCGAUGAUGUUCCAAAUUAGACAUUUUCAGAGGCCUUUUGGUUUAACUUCAAUUACACGUGGUGAUAUUAUUGCAUUAUUGAAGCUCAGGGUAUUUCUUACACUGCUGCUGUUUUGCGCUCUGUGACCUCUGUGCCUCAUUAAAAGGACACAGAGUUGUUUAAACCGGCCUGAUAGUGACAGAAAGUUAAAAAUUUGUCUGAUUGUUUGCCCUGUUAAACCUUGGAGCUUGUCUGUGGCCGUUUGGAGCAUUUUAUCGGCUCGGAUUGUGCAGCAGCAGCUUGUUAUUUCAGGGUUGGGAUGAUCUGCUGUUGAUUUUCUCCUCUGGGUCCUUUCCAUGGUCCAAUUAUGAGUAGAGAGACGAGCUGCUGUCUCUGCCGCCCCGUCUGCAGCUCACCUUCUCCUCUAUGAAGCUGAUUACCAUCCCAGCAGAGUCAGACUGACUCACAUAAUAAACCGUUAGAGAGCCAGGGGAGGGGAUGUUUCAGGUUUAAUUGGCUUGAAUGAUAGAGAGAAAGAGAGAGAGAAAGAAAACUCUGACACAGAAACAGCAUCCACUGAGCUGGACGAAUGUGUAAAACACAGCAGCAGAAACGUGACAAAAUCAAACACUUGUUCUCAUUAUAACCUAAAAGUCCAGCUUUUGACUCAUCAUCCUUUUUAAAAACAUGUCUCUAUUUGUCAAUUUAUGUAGGAAAGAAAACCUGUUUUACAUUUGACUGUUUUGGUGAUGGUGCCACUGUGUGGACGCCAGAUGGUGUUUUGAUUGUGACAGAAAGUGGUGAUUUCUGAAGGGAGGUGCUGGUGUUUUUUUUAGAUUUGUUUUUAAAGUGGCUAUAAAGAAACUCAUAUUUGUGCUGUGUCACUGAUAGAAAGUUAUUAAGGCACUCCUUCUCUGUUCUGUACCCUGGGGGGUCUUUGCUGAUGCUCUCCCUGCCUGGGCUAUCCAUGUAUGAAACAUGAAACUGAGGGAAGGUGAACUCUUCCUGUCUCAAGCUUUAUCACUCCACAUUUGAAAUGUAAAAAGGAUAAGAGCUCUCUAAGUAGAGCCCAGGGUCUUUGCUGAUGCUCUCCCUGCUUUGGCUUUUCACAUAGGAAACUGAGGGAGGUCUGUUCUACCCACUUUUGACUUUGUCAUCCCAUAUACUCAUGUGGAAGAGCAGGGAGCUCCAAAAACAGAGACUGUAGGUCUUUGCUGGUGCUCUCCCCCCCUUGGCUUUCCAUGUAAGAAACAUUAAACUGUGGGAAAGCGUACUCCUCCUGUUUCAAGCUUUGCCACUCCACAUUUAAAAUGAAAAAGGGUUUAGAGCUUGCUAAAUAGAACCUUGGGUCUUUGCUGGUGCUCUCCCUGCUUUGGUUUUUCACAUAGGAAACUGAGGGAGGUCUGCUCUACCCAGUCCAGACUUUGGCAGUCAACAUACUCAUGUGGAAGAGCAGGGAGCCCUUUAAACAGAGACUGUAGGUCUUUGCUGCUGCUCUUCCCACCUUGGCUUUCCAUGUAUGAAACAUUAAAGAGAGGGAAGGUGUACUCUUCCUGUCUUAAGCUUUGCCACUCCAUAUUGAAUGAAAAAGGGUUGAGAGCUCUCUAAAUAGAACCUAGGGUCUUUGCUGGUGCUCUCCCUGCCUUGGCUUUUCAUUCAGCACAUAAGGCAGAGAAGGCAUGUGCUCUACCCGCCUCAGAAUUUGCCAUCCCACGUUCAAGUGUCAAAAGGAUGAGGGCUUUCUUGCCAAAGCCUAGGGGCUUUGCUGCUUCUCCCCUUGUUUGGCUUUUCAUCUGAGCACUUCUACCAGAAAGCAGGUGUGCUCUACCCACCUAAGACUUAAACAUUUACAACAUUAAGAGCAAAAAAAAGCAAUAAAGGGCUGAGACAUCAAGCAGAAAUCUAACCCUAAAUUGAAGGUGAGGCAUAAAAACCUCUCUCCUGCAUAUUCUGCAGGUUGGAGAUGGUUCUUUUCUCAUUAUCAAUCAUCUUGUUUCAGUUGAUUUUGAUUUAACUCUCAUGAUUUUAUAAGUUUACACACAAGAGAGGGAAGGAAAGCCAUACCACCACAUUAUAACUUCAUAAAUGCAGUUUAAUAUCAGGCUAAAACUGCUGAACUACAUCUUUUUGUUUGUUAGACUGUGAGUCUGUGUGUGGUAGGAAUAUGACUGCAAUAAAGUAACUAUAAAAGUAGUGGGGGGUGAAAUUAAAACAGUAAAUUAAGAUGAAUUUAAUUGGUCCUGUGGGAAAUUAGAUUUUUACAGUACACACUUGGAAAUGAGGCGAUAUUAAAGCAAUAAAACCAGCUCAGCUUUUUACUGCUGGACCCUCUACAGCUCUGCUCGUGUUUUAAUCCUGGAUAUUCAGUCUUUUUAGAUCAGAAGGUAAAUGUUUGUGUUUGUGUUUGCCUCUCCAGGUGACUCGCAACGUGAUGCGAGCGAGUCUCCCGCUGCCCCCGGGCGAUAUCUACAACCUGACGGUGACGGCCUGCACAGAGCGCAGCAGGAACACCUCCAUGCCCAACAUCAUCAAACUGGGUCAGCACACACACACACACACAUAUACAUGCACACACACACUCAGAGACGAGUCAAUGGGGGAAUUCAGCCACCAAACAUCUGCCAAACAGCUGCAGAGAUUCGGGUCAGAGGAAUCAUUUAAAAGCUCUGGUGACGUCUGCAGAACUGAACAUGCUGAAAAUGUACAAAAUAAUCCUCAAGUUACGGAGGGUGCAAAUAUUUCUGAAACAUCACCUGAGGCGAUCAGGAGCAGAAAUGUAGCAGCAACAAGCCUGUUGUUCUCUGCAGCAGAAGAAAACCCGCAUCUAUGUCUGAAAUAGGAGCUGCAGCAUCUUUACAAAUGUCAGAGUACGGAGCUGAAAAACAGAAUCACUGAAUAAGAAGCUGAGGUAUUUUUAUGAAGAAGAUUGUUGCCUCACUGUGACCCUGCAGGUGAGUUCAUGUGAAGAUGGAAGUUUGUCUCCUUAAAGAACCCCGAUCCUCCCUCUGCUGAGUUUCUGCCUGAAAGUGAAACUGCGUGUUUUUACUUCCCCUUCUCUCAGAGCUCAAACAUUUUCUCUCCUCUCUGUCACGCCGCUUGCUGCUCCACUCCCUUUUUUUCUUAAGACCUAAACUGACUUUCAUAAAAACGAACAAUUUUGGGUUUAAUUUCGGCCGUGCUGGUAUGUGUUUAUCACAGAGCCGGCGCCUCCUCGCUCUCUGUUCGCCGUGAACGCCACACACUCGUCCGUGACUCUGUUGUGGACCGAGGAGGGGGUGGUGGACUACUACCAGGUCCUGUGCAGACCCAACAAACCCAGCAAGGAGCUCAAGGUAAGAGUUUGAGUUUGGGAAGCACUUUUUACACUUUAGUAAAAAAUGACAGUCUGUUUUCUUUCUAAUAAAACCAUCAAGAAUGAACUUUAAAACAAACGGACAUCUUCAGUGUUUAAUUCAGAAGUUUAGAAACGUGAAGGAGUCUUCAGGUCUCACUGAGGCGGUUCACGCCGUGACCGCCGGUUUGGCAAAGAUCCCUAAACUGCUGAGUGUUGAUAAUAAACUUCAGAGUGAAAAAUCAUAAGAGGAAGAGUUUCUGUGACUUAUUUUCUAAUUGUUGGUCGUCUUUCAGUCUCUUACGCUGGAGAAGUUUUAUUUUAUUCUCACUUCUUUCUUUUACAGCUGAACACAGAGAGGAAAUUAUCUUUUUUAAGAGCAAUGACGGCAUGAAGAUCCAAACACAACAUCAGACUUGUUUUUUUCUUACCGUCUUCAGUCCCACUAACAUUUAUAAUCAUGCAGUAAAAUAUGAAAACUUUUAGUUCUUUGUUUAUGUUCUAGUUUCAUUAUCAGUUUAUAUUUAUCGGGCGUCAGAAAGGGUUAAUCAGGGUGAGGUUUGAAUGGAAAAUUUAAGCUUAUUUCCACUGUAACAAACAGAAAAUGUCGCUGUUAAAAUCCUGCUGAAGCCGACUGCCCUGUAGACUUUAAUGAACUUUGUCCAGAUGGAAAGUUUCCUGAUAAGAACAUUUAAGGAUAUGAACAGGUUUUGAAUAAGAGCAGAUUUAGGAGAAAAUGCAGCUCUUGGCACAUGAGCAGGUUUAGGAUGUCUGGAGAAAAGGCAGAUUUUGAUGUAGCAGCAAAACUUCAAUCAAGAUGGAGAUUUUUUGGCAUAUUGGUGAGAUUUUUGGGCACAUACUUUGGUCUUAGGUAGGUUGUUUAGGUAUCUAGUUUUUGGUCGAUCUCCAAGGUUUGUUGAGGACUACUUGGUUUUGAAAGAGUGUUACCAGUUUUUUUGGAGGGAAUCAGUGAGUUAUUAGAGUUUGUGAGAGUUUUCAGACUGUCAAAGAAGAAGGAUGUCUGAAUACUUGUGUGUUUUCAGGGUUUUCAGAGUAUCAGUUCAUCGUUCAGCUGGUUUUUAGAAUAUUUUAAGAAAUCUGCGUGAACUUUCAGCAGAUUUCUGGAGUAUUCCUCCUCCUCCUCAUCUUUGAUAUAUAUUUUUUUUCUUAUUUACGUCUCUCAGGCCCGGGAGCCUCAAACAUCCAACUCUCAUGUGCUGACGGUGUCGGGUUUGAUUCCCUCGUCGACCUACAACUGCACCGUCACCAGCUUCAGCUACAGCACGGCCAGCAAGCCCGCACAAAUCACCAUCAGCACCAUUGGUAGGUGGCGCUGUUUCUCACACUGACACCAACUUUUUUUACAUCAUUAUUAUCAUGGACAAAAAAUAAAAUUCAGAAUCUAAUGUUUCUUAGCUUCAGUGUAUUUUUCUCUACUUUUUGGGUCAUUAAACUCAACAGUCCUCACAGAUUUUUCAUAUAAAGGUGGGGUAGGCAGGAUCUGAGGAAGUGCAGAGAACGGCUUUGUUUACAGUCAGAAAGAGCGGGCCACUCAAAAAAUUUAAAAUGUUGACUACACAGACAUAACAAAACACAGCAAUAUCGUUAUAUUACCAAAUGUCAUCAAUAACUAUUAGCUAUUGGCUGAUAUUAAAAGCUUUUUUGUAAAUACACCACAAAAAUAGAUACUUCUUCAACAGAAUCCUGCCUACCCCAUCUUUAAAAGUCUGAAUAAAGAUGGAGGUAUUCUGUCAUUUGAGAUGUUGGAGGGCUUUUAUUGUGAAAAUUUGUGUGUGGAGAGCAGAAUUUUGAAAUUCAAGGAGAUGGAUGUAUGGAAAUAGACUAUUUCGAAGUAUUACAUAUUUAAUUCUUUGCAUAUGCCUCUUUGUCUGGGUGUGUUUACAGCUAAAGAGAUGAACCCGAGCAUCGCGGCGAUCUCGGCUCUGGCCGUCCUCAGCAUCCUGCUCAUCAGCCUCCUCGUUCUGUUUCUGCUCGUCCUCCGUAAGAAACACCUGCAGAUGACCAGGUAAGAAAACCUCAAGCACACCUGUGACAUGAAAAAGGGAACUUCUGAUAUGAUGAUUUAGGGUUCAUACUCCAUCAGGUACCGAGGCCUCAGACAUAGAAAAGACUCUCAGAGUGAAGUCUAACAGAUUAAGAUCACGUUUAGUUUUCAGCUUGUGCUUUAUUUUUACUCUCGCACAUUCCCGCUCACUUCCUCUUUUUACUGAUUAGUCAUCAAAACUGUCUGACUUCCUCAAACUGCUCUCAGAUCUGCUCAUCACAUUUUCCACACCUGUUUUUAAUCCUUUUUUCUUGUUUCAGGGAGUGCGGCGCAGAGACUUUUGUCAACUUUGCUUCGUUUGAAAGAGACGGGAAGCUCCCUUAUAACUGGUACGAUCAUUUUCUUUUGUGUUUUGUAAUCUCUUAAUCACAGUAAAAUGCUGAAAGGACAUCUGGAAAUCUCUUUAAAAUGACAAAAGCACUUUGCAGUCUGAGACCUGAGGGGAUGUUUGAGCAGAUUUGGAGAGUGAUCACACGUCCUCAGUUUGGAUGUCAAAGCCUCUCGCUGCUAACACCCUCAAAGACCCAAUCAGAGGCAGAUUAUCAGCCGGGCAGGGGAUUGAAGCGGCAGAUUAGGGAUUUGAGCUUGUAGCUACAGAUUUUAGCUUGUCUUAGCAGCGUGAGGCGAUGAAGAUGAUGGUGAUGAGCGCAGCCCCAUGCCUGCCUUGUUUGGACCAGCUGAAUCAGGGUGUUUUUGGAUGAUGAAAGCUCAGGAUUUCCCUUAAUCUCAGAUUAAAACUACAAAAUGUUGGUUUUGGAGUCAAGUUAAAAUCUAAAAAAACAAGUCAUGACAUUUCACAGCUCUUAAAAAUUGAGUUUCUUAAAGACAGAGGCUUAAGUGUCUCUCAUGUCCUGGCUGAUGGAUCACAUUCAGUCUGACACGUGUUUAUUGAUUUGGAGAUUAGAGAUUAAUAUAACAGCUGAAAGACGGUCAGUUAAGGCAGAACCCUGGCUUCCAUCUGCUGUUGUAUUUACCUUCCAUCACUAAAAGCACAUGUUCAUCCGAGUGUGUUUCUGAUGUGGCGGUGGAGUAGUGUUUCUGCUUUGACUGUGCAUGUUAGCACACCUGAGCGUUUUGAUAUAAUGAAGAGGAGGCGUCCCCGCUAAUGCAGACAAAAGUGUCUAUUAUUAUUUAUAUAGUUUUUAGAGCUCCUCUUAAAUCAGUUCAGCUGCACAAAAGUACGAAUAAAUGGCAAAAAAACAGAUAUAUUUAUUGGAUACGAAAAUGGUAAGUUUUGUGGUCCGGACAUUGCUGACGCUAAAAGUUGUCAGGCAGUUAAAUAUCACUGCUUGUGCCAGUUUCUCUUUCUUAAACAUAAGUCUGGAAUCCAUUUAUGUAGGCUAACAUAUGAACCAUUAUAGCAAACUUCAUCAAAAGGUAGAAAUAUAAAAGUAGGUUUACAGCUGUGGUGUACCCCUGGGCUCUUUACUGGGUCCCCUUAUUUUAUUACAUGCUUCAAAUUAAUCAGCAGGUGUGUUAAGUCUUGUUCAAAUAACAAAAAUAUGGAAGAAACAUCUUAAAUUGAAGAUGUACACCCUGAAUUUCUUGGUUUUAAUUAAAAUAAAACCAUUUGGACUUUGUUAAACAUUAUGGAAAUUGUCACAAGGAGACAGUUUGUUGCACACACACGUCGAAAGGAAAGACACUGAUCAGUAAAUUGAGCGAGAUUUAAGAGAAGGUAAAUGUUCAAGUUUUCUAAUUUCAUCAUAUUUUUAUCUUUGUCUUGAAAAAUGAACGCUGUUACCACACCUGUGUUAUUUACCUAAUUAUUUCAGUGCCUUAAUUCGAAUAAAAUCAACAAACGCGAGCUUUCUUUUAAUGUUUUGAAAAACAUAAAAUAUAUUAAUUCAGAAAAAUCCCAUGAUUAGAACCUCUUAAGGGUUAAAAAAACGACAAACAGUACCACGUGAAGAGGUCUUGUAUGUAUCUGCAUCAGCGGGGUCACGACCUCAACAACACGUCGUUACAGAGAGGCGGCCGUCACACGGUAUGACGUCACCGUGGAGUGACAAAAUAUGGGCUGUUUCUAUAUAAUGAGGCUGAGUGUUGCAUUGUGGGACGGGCCGGGAGGACGCAGUGAUGUCACACACUCGGGCUGGAGGUUGUUUAAUGAAACAGAGCGACCAUUGACGUCCGGCAGCAGACAGACUCCUGUUGUCCUCCAGAGAGACAACGGGACACUUUCUGAAGGGCUGCAUGAUGCAUUAACUCUGUGUUCAGCACUAAUGUGAAGCUCUCGACGCUCUGUGCCUCUUUACUAAUGGAGCACCAUGUUCUGUCCCCAACCUAUCGCCCCCUGGUGUCUGUUUUUUCUUUAUUUUUAUUGUGUGUGUUUUUAUUUGAUUUUUUAUUUGAACCCCCUUCAGGCGAAGAAGCCUCUUUGCCUUCCUUACCCUACUGCCAUCCUGCCUUUGGACUGACUAUCUUUUGGCUUUUUAUAUUAAUCCUUGGUAAGUAAGCACUUGCAGGCAAAAAUAAUGCACUUCAGGGGCAUGUCAUAUCAGAGCCACAGCCCACAGUAUUGACCCCAGACAUUGUUUUACUUCCUUUUUUUAAUGAAUGAAGCCACCAGAUUUUUUUCCUUGUUGUCAACAAAUCCCAUGGAAAGCGCAAACCAGUCAUUACUUAAUGGUGUGGUGUACCUCAAGGCUCAAUACUUGGUCCUCGACUCUUUUCUCUUUUUGUAGCUACAGGUUCUCUGUUUCCGCAAAUGAUUCCCAGUCAAACAUUCACCUUACGUAAUAAUGGUAGAGUAAUCUCCCUUUAACUCUGGAGGUUUAGGUUAAAAUCUAAAAACAAACAAACAUAGAAUGAAAUUUAAGAAAUAAUAAAAUAAAAUGAAAUUAAAUAAACAUUUAACCUCAAGGCUUGAUCCUUGGUCAUCUGUUCUUCUAUGUCUACAUUGAUUAAGAAAUUGGUGGAUGUUAAAUGGGUUUCUCUCUCUUUGCAGAUGAUAUGUUAUUUUAUCUUUCUAUCAACUCCACUGAUGAUACUAUUCAGGUGGAAAUGAGCAGCUAAUUUCAUUCAUAUAGAGCAGAAAAGCUUUUGUAGUUGGUUCACAAAUGUUAAAUCGUUCAAAAUGUACCAGAAGUGCUUGGAAAAUAUAAUUCUGAGCUUUGUUUGAUCAAGACCAUCCAAAAAAAAGUUUUGUUUUCAAGAUCACAAUCCUCCCACUGGUGGGUUUGGUUGAACCUCAAGAGGACAGCAGCUGCUUUCUUGGGUUUAUAGGGCUGGGAUUAAGAAACUAAGAGGUAACAAUCAGGAAACAUUGUAGUUAUUCGGUAAUGAUCAAUGAUGACUGUUCAUGGAAAACAUGAAAAGCUCAUUCCAGUCAAUUUCUCAUGGACUUUGACUUAACAUAACAAAGAACUCUGUGGUUGCUGCACAGCGCUGUAUCUUGAGCUGAUGUUUCAGGGUUCUUUGUUUUCUUAUUCUGUUUUUCUGUCAGAAUAAGAUGGUACAGUUAGCUGCGAUUCUUAGUUUAAAUCUGUUGGAUGUAGUAGUAAGUCCCUGUCUUUAUUUGUUCUUUGGCCACCUAUCAUAGAUCAAAUUCAGGUCCUCUCAAAGUCAGUGACGUUAAUCAACAAAGGCCCUAAUAUUGAUCCUUGUGGAACACCAGAAUGAAAAAGCAGCUCAGUAAAUUCCUUAAUUUGUAACAUUACUUCAGUAAAUUAAAAACAUUAAAAAAGAAUACGCUAUCCUUUACUUUAUUUGUUGGUUUGAAUCUGCACAUGGGAUUGUUGACGGUUAAAAAAGCUGAAAUCUAAAAUCUAUUAUAGAAUCGAUUAAAGUUUGAUUGAUGGGGAAACAGGAAGUCAACAGAAGACUUUUCUGACAUGUAGAACUUUGUCUUGCAAUUCUGUGUCUGUGGUUUAACUCGGUCACACUGAGUGUGUUCUUAACUGAUGUGUUGAAUGUAGCAUGAUGCUAACUGUCGAUGCUAAUUACAGCUUUGCUCCAUGUUUGCAUGACGUCUGUCUUCCUCUUUGUGUUUUCUUCAGAUGUAGACUCUCUGUGUGCUGCUGGUAGUGUAGCUGCUUCCUGUUAGUUUGUUAGUUGUAGAUGUUUCAGUGCAUGAAGCUGGUUAAACACCUGAAACCCGAAAAUCUAAAUUAUCCAAUCAGCUUUGAGCUGAGGGGACGUAUUUUAGGUUUUUGGGAGAAUCUUGAAAUAAAUGGAUCUGGAUCAGGAAUGCAAAUACGAAAGCAUGAAAUAUGAAAUUACUGCAUCCUGUAAAGAAUCUGCAUGUUUGAUGAUCAGGUGUGUGCUUUAGACAGGUAACAGAUUGUUUGAGCUUUACAGAUCACUCAGCAUGAUGUUGUUACUCUGACAAGAAAGGGUUAAAUUUAAUGUAAAGAUCUGCUAUUUAGAGUUUGACCAAUUGGUGGGGUUUCAUACCCGACUGCUCUGGAGGUCCAGAGCUGCCAAUAAUCAGUAGACAAAUUUUUUACAAAAACACUAUGAUAAAAAGUAAAGUCUUGGUUAAAUUCUCAGUUGUCGAUUUAAAACAAAAAAAAGGCAGUUUCUGCAAAAUAAAUCCAAAAACUCACUCAGGAGUCAUUAACAUCUUUUUUUCUUUUUGAUCAUUAAAAAAAUGAAUUUUCUGAUUUCAGCAGAUGUUUCAAUUUAAGAUUAUGUUUUAUAUGUAUACUUGAAUAAUUCUGCCAUAAUUAUCCACCUCUAUUGGGUUAUUGACAUUUGUUUAUACAACCUUAAAAUGUUUGUUUUUUUCUAACUAAAUGAGAAGAUUAAACUCGCAUGGAUGGUUAUUUUAGUCCAGUUUAGUAAAAAAAAUUUAAUCUAAAAUAAAUUUUAGUCCAAAACUAACUCAGUUUAUUAACAGGUUCAUUUAAUUCAUAAUAAUGAUAAAUGAAUAUAAGUUUAUUGGAUAAAAUUUCUGUUAAAAGCCUUUAUUUUUAAACUAGAAUUGAUUUUUUAAAUUAUUUUCUUUAUUUAUUAAACUUCUCUGCUCAGCCUUUUUUUUCAGAAUUGUUUUCUUUUUACCCUGUUUAUCUGUUUUUUAAGACCUUUAAAUGUUUUAAAUGACAUUUUAACAGAUUCACAUGCAAAACUCAGUUUAUUUUUAUGUAAAUUUAAUGUUUUUUUUGUAAUCUUCGAUUGAAUAUCAUGAAAAAUGUGCACAUAAAUAUCUGAAUUUUUACUUUAAUUAAAACAUUUAUUUUGAAUAUUGUCAGCCUUAGACUUCUGUAUAUUAAAGUCAACAAAACUUCAAUAUUUAAUCAUUUUAAAUAACAGCACUAAAGUUUUUGAGAUUGUAAAUAGCAAACUUUAACAAAGACGUUGAAGAUGUGAAAACCCUACCUUAGUCAAACCCUAAUGUGCAGAUCCAGAGUGUGAACAUAUUAAAAUUAGAAUAAACUCUUGGUAAUGUAAAUGUGCUUUAGUCUGACUGCAGUGACAGUAAUCAUUAUGAGGAACUCUACAUGUUUGUAUCUCAUAGGAGCAAGACAGCUCUAAAGAAACGGAAGCUUACAAGGUAACAAGACUAAACAACAACAUGUGGCCUCAGUCUGUGCUUUUUUAUUUUUAUUUUUGUGUAUUAAUGUGUGUAUCUGUCUAUGUGUGUGUAUGUGUGCUGCCAUCGCACUAAUAACAGCCUUCAGCCAGAAACAGAGAACAUCCAAACUGUUAAAUCCAUCAGAUUACAGUGAAUCUGAACCAGAGGCCCAGUUUUUCCUCUGAGGCAGGAUGAGCCUCUGAUCCAAACAGACACAUAGAUGACAAAGUAAGACACGGAGAGGCUGUUCAGGGGAGGAGAAGAAAGCUCACAAAUCUGAACUUUUCAAUCAUUAUUUCAUGGAAAACUGACAAUCCCUGUAUUUUGAUGCUUUCAGGUGGCACUGUUAGAUGUUUUUUGAACUUGUUGGUGGUGUGUUAUGAUUUAUAAAGUUAAAUUUCAAAGAAUUCAUUUUUCAUAUUUUCUGACACAUUGGUGUGUUGUUGCAGCCCCGUCCAGCUGGAUGAUUUUGACGCUUUCUUUAAAGAAAUGAGCAAAGACUCGGCGUACAAGUUCUCCCUGCAGUUUGAGGUGAGAUUUAACCCACAGUAAGUCUGUAUGAGAGUGCCAAGAGAACGGAAGAGCUGACAGAUGUGUGUAUUUCAGCUAUGAAUAAAUGUUAUGUACUGUAUGAGUCAUACAUGUAAAACAUCACUAUAUUUAAACAAGCACAUUCACACUCAAGUCACACUAACGUAAUAUAUUCAUUGGAAAUGACUCAUACUUAAGUGUGCUUUCAAAUACAUACAAACAUAAGUGUAUGCGUAAAUACAUAUUCAAAAAUAGGGCCAAACAUGAGUAAAAACUGUAUGUCUUUGUUUUAUUUACACAAAGAUACACUUUCGAAUUUUCGAAUACAUAACUUAUACAUCUGUGUUUUACACAUUCUUAUUUUUUCAUACUUUUUUUUGUACUUUGUACUUUUUCGUACACAUGUACGUAUACAUGUACCUUUAUUAGUACAUACCACUACGUUCAUGCACACCUAAAUAAACUAUAACUACACAACAUAUUCAUAUGUGGAUAAUAACUUCUACUUGUAUAUUAAUAUGUAUAUACAGUAUAUAUAUAUAUAUAUAUAUAUACACACACACACAGUUUAUAUAGAGAGUUAAUGUAUAUGUAUGUAUAAAUACAUACACAUACAGACAUGCAAGAUCACAUACAUUCUUUCAUUCGAACUUGAUAUAUUUAUACAUACAUUUCUUUUUUUUAUGGUUUUAUAUUUUUUUUUGCAUUUAGACAUAAUUUAUACAUACAAGCACAUUUCUGCUCAAACAUAUAAACUAUUCAUAAAACAUACAUUUAUACAUUCAGCAUACUAUUCCAAUAUUUUUUUUUACUGCACACAAACAUUGAUACAUACAGACUUGGUAAUAUGAUACAGUUUCUGUGCACAUUCACGUUUGUGUGUGGGUGUUUUUUUCAGGAGCUGAAGAGCGUCGGUUUGGAUCUUUCCCAUGAUGCAGCAGACCUUCCUGUUAACAGGCCCAAGAACAGAUACACCAACAUCCUGCCCUGUGAGUCUCGCACUGCAAAACAUCAUGGGAGAGAGGACACAGAUAGGACAAUAAUAGAACACAGUUGCUCUCUUAAAAAUCAGAGACGUGUUUAUUUAAUAAGCUUUAUUGAAUACUGCUGCUGCUAGGACAUUUAAUCAUUUUGAGCUCUUCUAAUUUUAACUUUUAUCUCAAACUCAGACGACUUCAGCCGAGUGAAGCUGAUCUCGAUGCACAACGAUGAAGGUUCAGACUACAUCAAUGCCAACUACAUACCUGUGAGUCAUUACUCUUUUAUUUUCUUCCUCAGAGCUGAAAUAAAGUAUUUUACUAAGAUGCUAUACUUAAAGCUGUGGAUACCUCUAUAUUACUGCAUACCUUGUCUUACACUUGAAUUUUUUUUCCAGUUAAAAAAAUUCCAUCUUGUUCUUGUAUUUAAUGGUUAUCUCUUCACUGUGCGUUUACCUUCAUUUAAAUGUUUCUGUUUUGUUGAAAAAAUGUGUUUUCUCUGUGUGAUCUUCAGGGCUACAAACACUCUAAAGAGUACAUCGCCACCCAGGGUCCUCUCCCUGAAACUCGUAACGAUUUCUGGAAGAUGGUUCUGCAGCAGAAAUCUCCGAUCAUCGUCAUGCUCACCCAGUGCAACGAACGGCGCAGGGUCGGUCUCGCCUCUGACAUGAACUCAGUCCAAACGAGCUCAGACAGACAAUAAUGCUCAUUAAAUGAUAGACAAUAGACUCGACUGUAUCAGCUGAUGUGAUGUUAUGUUUGUGAUUUCCAGGUAAAGUGCGAUCACUACUGGCCGUUCACAGACGAGCCGGUGAUGUACGGAGAGAUCAGUGCAGAGAUGCUCUCUGAGACAGAGUCUCCAGAGUGGACCAUCAGGAAGAUCAGACUAGGAUAUGUGAGAACCACUUCCCCCUCUUCAAACAUUCUCUAUGUGAAAAUAUUUACCUCCUCAUUCACACUCUUUGUCUCCCCCUGCAGGCCGAUGAGUCUCUCGACGUCCUCCACCUGAACUACACCUCCUGGCCCGAUCAUGGCGUCCCCACGGUUAAUGCUAUUGAGAGCAUCCUUCAGUUUGUCCACAUCGUCCGUCAGCAGGCCAACAGGACCAAAGACCCAAUCAUUGUCCACUGCAGGUCAGAGCCACGCCCACUUUUAAGUCAGAAACUCAGAUUUUAAAGGAGACAGUCCAGGUUUAUAUUUACAGAUUGAUUUACUGAUUGUUAUAGAAUCAUGAUAUGUAUCCUAUCGUGACAUAAUUAUUAUUGUGAUUUAUAUAGAAUUAUGAUAUGCAUCAUUGUGUGAUAUGUAGUGAUACACAUAGUGCUGUGGUACUUCAGUACUAGUACAUAGUAUCAUAAUACACAUAGUAUUGUGACAGAUAUAGAAUUGUGAUACCUAUAGAAUCAAGAUACAUAUAGUAUCGUGAUAGAUGGAGUAUUGUGAUACCUAUAGAAUCAAGAUACAUAUAGUAUCGUGACAGAUGGAGUAUUGUGAUACCCAUAGAAUCAAGAUACAUAUAGUAUCAUGAUACACAAAGUAUUUUGAGACACACAUUGUAUUGUCGUAUUGUGAUACUUACAAUAUUAUGAUGCUUAUAGUAUCACGAUACACAUCAUAUUGUGACACGCAUUGUAUCAUGAUAUCUAUGGAACUGAAAUACCUAUAGAAUUGUGAUACACAUAGUAUUAUGAUACACAUAGUAUUGUGACACAUUGUAACCAGACACAAAUCAUAUUGUGACACACAUCAUACUGUGAUAACUAUAGUACUGUGACACAUUAUUGGUGCAAUUCUAUUGUGAAACACAUUCUACGGCGAUAGGUAUCAUGAUACUUAUAGUACACUGAUGAAUUUACUAUCAUGAUAAUGCAGUAACAUGAUACAUUUAGCGAUGUGAUACAUACUAUUAGUGACAAAUAUCAAUAUUUAUACAGUAUAAUUAGACCUACAGUACACUGAGGCUGUGCGAAAUACCCAACCAGCCCAGGUUUUAAAAUAAGACCUAAUUUCCACUUUUUCUCUCAUGAAGCAGUAAACCGAUCAGUCUCUAGAAGUCGGAUUUGUCAGAUUCAUGUCUAAUGACUUCUCAAACUUGUCUCAUCUUCGUUUCAUUUGACUGUAAGAAACUUUAAUAACCUGAUCUGAGACUCUGAGUCACAUCCUGACAGCUCAAACCAUUAAAAUGCUAUUAGGCAGAUGAUGUAAUGUCCAUUAAAGCGUCCAUUUCCUCUGAUUGUGGCUGGUAUCACCCUGUGGUUCUGAUAUAUCUGUGUGUCUGCGUCUGUGUGUGUGUGUUUCAGCGCUGGAGUCGGCCGGACGGGGACCUUCAUCGCUCUGGAUCGUCUGAUGCAGCACAUCAGAGAGCACGAGUUUGUGGACAUCCUGGGCAUGGUGUCUGAGAUGAGAUCACACCGUCUGUCUAUGGUCCAGACCGAGGUGAGGGCGCAGAGACGCUGUCCACAGAGAGGAAAUAAAAAAAAACCUUCAACAAUUUAACCAAACAUCCUCUUUCUCUUCCCGUACAGGAGCAGUACGUGUUCAUCCAUCAGUGCGUCCUGCUCAUGUGGCAGAAGAAGAAGCAGCAGUCCAUCACCUCUGACGUUAUUUACGAGAACGCCAGCAAGACAUAAUGACCGAGGCUCCAACACACGUGAGUCACAAACUCAAGGCGUCAUCUAGAAGUGUUGGGAGGCUCAGGGUUUGUAAAUCAUCUAGAAGAAUGUACUUGAUGGAAAAUGGUGCGAAGGAAACAUAUUACACAUGAAACGGAAAGACAAUUUUUGUCUUAUGAAGCUAUCUAAGUGCUUUACAUCAGGACAAGAAAAAUAAAAGUUAUUAAAAUAGACUAAAACAGACUAUAAAAUAUAAACUUGAAUUUGUUAAUAAAAUAAGGUCAAAAGUGAUACUAAUAAAUAAAUAAAUUAUAACUGUAAUUAAGAUAAUGAAGCUUUAUUUAAAAGCCUGGCUAAAUAGAUGAGUUUUUAGGUUACAUUUAAAGAUUUCUAUAUUAGCAGCUUGUCUCAGACCCUCUCAAAGUUUGUUCCACAGUUUUGGAGCGUAGCAGCUAAAAGACGCAUCACCAAAUCAUUUUGUUCCGCUCUGUGGAACGACUAAAAGAGACUGAGAGGCUCUAAGAGGCCGCUCUGGUUCAUAAAUUAAAAUCAUCUUUGUAAGGUGUUCUGGUGCCAGGCCAUGUAGAGCUUUAUAAACUAGUAAAAGAAUUUAAAAAUCAAUGCGAAAACUAACAAACAGUGCAAAGACUUGGAUUAGCUGUAGCUGGUUUAUUGUGUUUUUGGUGCUUCUGGGUUGACCCUAGAGAAGAGUAUUGCAGUAGUCAAGCCUGCUGGUUAUAAAAGUGCGCAUUAGUCUCUCUGUCAGAGAAACGGUCGUACUUUAGCAUGUUUUUAAGAUGGUAAAAGGCUGUUUUAGUGCCCCCCCUAGCAUGAGUUUUAAAGUUAAAAUCAGCACCAAACACCACCAUGAGAUUUUGUGCUUCCUGGCUGAGGUUAAGUCCUAUUUUGUGGAGUUUGGGGGGUCAGUUUCUCUCUCUGAGCCUCAGUUUUGUCCUGGUUGAGCUGCAGAAAAUUCUGUGACAUCCAGGCUGUUAACAUCUAAAAGGCAAUUUAAAAGUGACUCCAACUGGCCGUUGUCAUCAGGAGACACGGACACAUAGAGCUGAGUGUCAUCUGCAUAACUGUGAAAAGAGAUGCCGUGUCUCCUGAUGACACCGCCCAGAGGUAACAUGUACAAAUUAAAAAGUAACGGUCCUAAAAUUGAUCCUUGUGGCACCCCACUGGUAACCUCGUGGUGUGUGGGAGAGCGGUUAUCGAUUGAAACAAAGAAUUUUCUGUCACAAAGGUACGAAGAAAACAAUUUAAAAACAUUUCCUGUGAGGCCCACAUGUUCAUUUAAUCUAUGUGAAAGAAUCUGGUGGUCAAGAGUGUCAAAGGCAGCACUCGAGUCAAGUAGCACUAGAACUGAAGGGUUGUUGUUGCUGAAAAUGAAUAUAUUUUUUAAAGGUAUUUAUAAACCAGUCGUGACGUAAUCCCUGCUCCUUGUCUUGCAGGCUGCAAACACACCGGCCUCCUGUGCUUCAGGCAUCCAUUCUCUGCAGAAGAAGAUCCGCUUCAUCAUCAGUAUCAAAAACAAAACAGACGACAUCUCGACGACACAAGAGGAUAAAAAAAAAAGAAAACAGUAUUUAGUUUGAAUUGGUGUUAAAGCAUGGGAUGGAGAUCUGCCUUAAGGAGCUGAACUGACAAACAUGAACAAAAAACACCCUGAACCUUCUGAACCGGACUGAUCCAACGUGAGGCGGGAGGAGUCAGGGGAGCGAUAACGAGCUCCGUCCUGUGAUUGGAUGUCUAAACUGUGUCCGUCCUUCGUUCAGACGAUGUGAGGCGACGAGUCGGUGGAGCCGAGUCAGCAGUUUUUUCAUUUAGGUUUUUUUUUUUUUUUUUCUUUUAAACUCAGGAGUAGCUGAAAAAACCAGCAAGCACACUGGCCUCUUCCUCCACUUCGAACGCCAUCAGUCAUCCCUUACUUUGGGUUCAGCGUUGUUUGAAUUGAGCAGCUGUCCUGGCGGUAAAGACAUCGGAACUGUAAGGCGGUAAAUCGUAACAUUACACUGCCAAACCUUAAAAACACCCGCAGCUAACACGCCAGCUAACUGCCAGGACUGCUGCACAGGUUAUAUUCACUGAGAAACCCAGCAAGCAAACAAAAAUUAGCACAAAAUUUUACAACUUUUGGAUGCUGAAACCGAUUUUUCUUUCGUAUCAAACACUAAAUUGAGCAGUUUCUGAAUGUAAUGACAGUGUGCUGGUAGAAGAAGCCUUUACUGUCGGACUCACUUUAGAGAAAUGUGUUCACGAGUUUGUCGCCUUGUCGAGGAUUCAGUCGUUUUUGCUGCAUUUGGAGCGUUUUUAGAUUUCAGCCUCACAAAGUUCGAUCAGGAAGUAUUACCGGACUGAAACCUUUCAUUUGUACGUCGAAUCAACAAUUCAGCACCUGAAUGUUUGCUGGGUGUUAAGGGCACAAAGACAAAGACAGCCGAAGGAAACAGACAAGACGCCUUUCUGUGGAAAACACGAGUGCCUCAUGCCGCUGUUGGGACGCUGAUGGACGUUUUCGAGGCCAGUUUAGACGCUGUUAGAGACUGUGGUAGAGCUGUAGUUUGUAUUUGCACUGAGGCCUGGGAGCUAACUGACCUGCUGACGGGGGGAGAAGGGACGAGUUUCUGCUGCUUCUGACCGUGGAGGACUGACUGUACAGACGUUUCGCUUGCUGUUCGUCCGUCCGUCCUGAGCGCUGUGGGCUCUUUCUCAACGAGGAUCUGAAGAUUUUUAGAGCAGAGAGACGUUUGUGAUCUCAUCGGCUACAACAAUCCUGUGAAGACAACGUAGAUCACGUAUCGGAGAGUAUCUGAGGACAGACGAUAAACUGCCAAAACCUCCAAGAAAUUAUAUAUCAAAUCUGACAAAGUUUACGUUGCUGAAUUAGGGAAGGAUGAAACAUAUCUGCUCGGCAUAUCUCAAGAGUCGGCCCGAGUCUGUUUGCAAAGAUCUGCUCUAAAUCAUGACAGCGAAUCUUAUUCUAGAAAUUUCUAAUCAUGCCAAAAAGGUUUUUCUUCUCCUUACAUCAACUGCUUUUGUUACAGUGCCCAAACAAAUAUUUAUAUUAGAGUUGAUAUUUUUGUGUUCAGAAGCUCAUCCAGACUCAAAGGUGGGGUAGGCAGGAUCUGAGGAAGUGCCAUGAUGCCGCCCAACCAGUUUUCCCCUCAGCUCCUCCUCUCCCCUCCCUCUUUGCUCCAGAAAGCCCCGCCCACAAACAGACGCUCCUGCUCGCUCAUAUCAACGUUAAAGUAAACAGCAUUGGUGCUACUGUAGAUGCUAACAGACUACCAGUAAACACAAUGUUUGCAGGACUUCCAAACUAGGAUAAAGUGACAUAGUCCAGGACCCGAGGUCAACAGUUUAGCGGCGCUACGACAUGCAGCAGGUCCGUUUGACAAGAAACACUUCUGUUACAGACACUUGGCUUACUUUGUUAAAGCGGUUUACCUGUCCAGCAGAGAGGUUACAGGGUCACCAAGAUCCUGAAGCAUCCCCCAUCAGUUAUGCUGAUGUUGACCCGGCUUCUUUAAGCGUCUGUUAUUCCACCAGAGUCUCCUGUAUUUACUUUGUUUUCUAACUUGUGUUGGUGGUCGUGCCCAAAGGAGGAUUCAGACAAGUUCCCGUACUUGUUGGUUGGUUUCUACUGUCUGAUAUUGUAGCACGCUAACGUUGUUUGGGCUCAUGAAUGAUUCGAGGGACCAGCAUCUGCGUCACGACCAAUCAGGUUGGGGAGGUAGAGAACGGCUUUGUUUACAGUCAGAAAGAGCGGGCCGCUCAAAAAAUUUUAAAUGUUGACUACACAGACAUAACAAAGCACAGCGAUAUUGUUAUAUUACCAAAUGUGAUCAAUAACUAAUAUCUAUUUACAGAUAUUAAAAGCUUUUUUGAUGCUUCUUUAACAGAAUUCUGCCUACCCCACCUUUAAAGCCAGAAAUCCAGAUUUAGAGUUAAACAGCUUUUGUUCCCUCCCCCGGAGGACUCCUGUGAUGUAGUUUUGGCGUCGUCGGUCAGCUCACUGGUAGAGGUCUGGGGACCAAAUCACGACUCCUCUGAGGAAGAAAACAGACUGUAAUUUACAGUCAGAUCAAUGAGAUCAGUCAAGUUUCUUAUUUUAUCAAAAAUUUUUAUGUAAGUGCAAAAAUUUAAAACAAUGGCCAAAAAAUACAACAAUCGCAAACAUGGUUUUGUUUGAAUUUUAUAUUUUAAAAAGUUGAUGUAACAGCCGUAUAUCAACAGUAUUUAGUUUAUUUUAUUUGAAUUUUUUUUAACUUGAUAUGAUGCAGUUUAUUGAAGUAAAUCUGAAGAACUCUUAAAAUCCAAAUUAGUUAAUACAUAAUUUUAUAUACAUAUAGUUAUAUAUAUUUUGGGCAUUAUAACCAAAUCAGCGAGUAAUAAAAUAUAAUUUAAGAAUGAAAUAUUUUGGCUCGGGCUGACUUCAUCUCUUUCACUCAAACUCUCGACUGCUGUACAGGAAAUAGUUAAAGCCAUUUUCUGAAGCAUCAGCGUCAGCUAGUUUUCAGCUCAACUUAAUUUAGUUAGUUCAUUUUACAUCUUUCUACUGAACAUUUACUUGAAGGGCAAAAGAAAACUCCAUAUUCCUCACUUUUUAUUUGACUGUAGAGAAUGUUUCUGAACAGAUGAGAGCGGGCGACCUCGUUCAAACUUUUCUUUGUAAUUCAGGAAGCACAAGGUGUCGUCAAAAUAAGAGCACAGAGUUAAGAGGCUUUUAAAUUUUUUUUCUGUAACCACCUUUAAGACGUUAACACAACUUUUAAAACUGAAAUUCUAAGGAUGAAAACAUAAGAAGUCAUGAAAAUUAAGAUCUGGCCUAUUUCACUUUUACAGUAAUAACUAUUUGAAGAAAAAAAAGGGUGAAAAUUAAUUUGUACAAAAUUGCUGUAAGUUUAAAAUGUAAAUGUGUGAAAAUUGAAAAAAUGUAUGCAAGGUGUAGCUCCAUGGAAUUACUCAACUCCAUCAGUUUUAACAAACAUUUUCAUAUACAAGAAAAGUUUUAAAUUAGUCGUACAAACUAAGUGUGAUCAAAACAAUAAAUAAGUUGCAUUAAAACCAGAUUCUCAUGCUUUUUGGCCACAUCCUCAAACAACUGAGUGAAAGAACAAAUUGUUUUGCAGAAAUGAAAAGAGUAGAUGCUGGUUAAAAGGUCCUAAGGAACUUAAGUGGUUUUAAUCUUUUUAAAGUGCUAGAAAAGUCAAACAAGACAAGAAAAAUCUGUUAAAAGCCAAUAAAAUAGCAGAAUUUAAUGAAACUUGAUUGCUCAAAACGUCUUUUUUAAAUGUAAGAGCCAAUUCGCCACUUAAAUUAGCAAAAUAGUUUUUUUUUUUGGCGUAUUUCUAAAUUAAAUAGCUGCAUGAUCAGUCCAUAUGUUGCAGAACUGGUUCUUAACUUUUAGACAAAAGUGUUUAAGGAGCUUCAUCAAUUUUUACAUGUUGUGAUGAAGCCUCUUAAAAAUCUAAGCACAUUUAAAAGCCUCCUCUAACUGCUGUUUGUCAUAUUUCGACUGCACCUGAAAUAAAACUUGUAAAAAAAAAAAGAAAAACAAAUCAUUGAAUGUGUUUUAAAGGCCGGUGGAUACUUAAGUGUUAAUUUAAAACCUGAUUCGUCAUCGUGGCCUUGUGGUGCAAACACCUGAAGUCUUUACCUUUCGGCUGGUCGCCGCUCUAUCUGAAAUAGUUUCCAUUUCACGAUUAAAAAAUCAAAUGUACUGUACAUACUACUACUGCUUAAGUAUUCUGUUUCUACUCGUCAUUACUAAGUAAUUCUUGUGGAAAUGUUGCUUUAGAGGUUUGUUUUUUAAAAGUUGUUGUAUAUGUGAAUCAUCGUUACUUGAGCCAGAGGUUCUCUCUUCACUGAGACGUUUGAGGACUCGGCUGUCUGGAGGAUGUCUCGUGGACUUGGAGAACUCGUCUGUGGCCGGAGGGACGCACUUUGGUACAACUGUCAAAAAAAAAAAAAAAAAAAAGAUUUACAGAGUAAAAACUGACAGAAAACCUGCAGACGGCGCGGGAAAACUCAGCACUGUACACUCUUCUACAAUUCUUUCUCUUGCUUCGUGUGUGUCCAGUCAAACUUGUACGUCAUUGGUGCCAUUUUGUGCAUUGUGUCACUUAAAUUUGAGGGAUGAUCUCAAACUCGGAUCAUUGUCACAGAGUUUUAAUGUGUGUGUGCGUGUGUGUGUGUUGGAACAAAUAAAAUGUUGCAGUUAAAUUCGUCCUUUUUACUUUUUAAUGUAAAAACCACAAAGUGCAGAUGAAACAAAAACAGAAAUACGCUGAAAUGCAGAAACAAACGAUUAAAUUACAAAAAGAAAAAAAAAAUCUCAAAUUAUCCUCUAGAAAAUCUAAACUGCAGUUAGGGUAAUAAUGGUUAAAAUGUGGUUAUUUUUGUUUAUGUAUAACUUUGUUGAAAUAAAAGCUGCCAAUAAACACCAUAAAAGUAGUUUGUAGUAAACUGAACCUAUAUUAGUUGUAUUUUUAAUGAACUGUACAAUCGCCAACUUAACUAAAACAUUGUUUUAAUUAUUUAUUCUUUCUCUAUUUGUCCUGACUUUUCUCUAAGUCUCCACAGUCCGCUUUAGAUAAGAUUUCUUAGUGUUUUUUGGCCAAUAACUUUUCAGUCAAAUUUUUUUGUGAAUUUUAAAGUCUAGUGUUUACAAAGAACAGUGAAAAAGGAAAAAUCCAGAAACUUCCUGUGUGUUCAUGUAGCUCAGAGGAUAAGGAGACUUUUUAAAGUUUGUCCACAGCUCCAUAAGGAUUGCUGGAGGAGGCAGGAUUUAUGACCUAUACUGCAGCCUGUCACCAGAGGGCGCUGUUCUUGGGGUGGCUUCACCCAGCGAGGAGGCAGACGGCGUCCAUUCUAUAUCCAGUCUUUGUGGGCGACUCUUUCUCUUGCAGCAGGUGGUCCAAGAUCAAAACAGCAACUUUGACUAUUUUUAAAUUACUGUGAUGAUAACUCAGGAUCUAUUCAACAUUCAAAAGUUUCUCAGAACUUUGAGAACUUUUUAAAAAUCAGAAUUCACCAGUUCAGAUAACCGACCUUACCUGCUACCAGAGCUUCAUGAAAACU